AAAAGAAAAAGAAAAAAAGGGGGGGAGAGAGAAAGAGAGCGGCGUGGAAGAAAGAAGACGACGACGUCGCCGCCGCCCUGGGCGGUAGCGGGAAACAGGGAGGGAUUUUCCAACAAGGAAACAGAAAGUCCGGAAAUUGGGCAAGAACAACUUGCGCGAAGGGGGGACGUUUUUCCAAUGCCCCCCCUCUCUUUGCAGAAAAAAGAGCAUUUUGACCUCUCUUCCUUUCCUGCACCGCCGGCCGGAGGCUUGUGACUAAAAACUUGCUUGACUUACACAAAGAGGAGACUCAGCUGCGACUUGUCUUCAGAAGAUGCUCAGGGCGCGCGAAGGAGGCAGCUAAGUACUUUCCAGCCUCCCACGAGGCGGACAACUUUCCAGUCGAGGGAACACCUCAGCGGCGUGGGGUGGUGUUUUUAUUUUUUAAUUUUUUAAAAUAUUUUGUUUGGAGAUACCCGUCUCCUCUUCUUUCAACGUCUCCUUUCAAACCUUUCUUAAUUAUUUAAAAGCACACACCACCACCGGGAAGCUGUUGCUCCGUUUUCCUUUGGAACGAACUUCUGGCAGCUGAGAAGUUGUGGGGAGAAAAUUCCCUCACGCCGCCCAGUUUCUCGUGACUGUUUUCUGGGGCGUGUGUGUGUGUCUUGUUUCAGAGGAGGAGGCCUUCCUUCCCACCCGGCUGCCCUGGUGUGACUGACUUUCCCCUUCCUCUCCCUCCUUCCCCCUCCAUGGAAAGCGGCUGCCAUGGCUCUGAGCAAAGGGCUGAGGGUGUUGUGGAAGCAGGAACCCACGGCGAGCGCCCUGCUGGAGGCGCGCGGCCGCCAGGACUGCCUGCUGCUGGAAGCCGGCACGAUGGCCACCCUCAGUAAGUGCCUCGCGCCCAAGUGGGUGGGGCGGGGAGAGGGUGGGGAGGUGGGCGACCUUGCUACUCUUGGAGCCCCCCACCCACCGGGUGGGAGGUGGCGCUGCCAGUCCAACAUCCAGCCAUGAAGACAACGGGCCCUCCCUCGCCGUUUGCCUCCUGCCCCCUGGCUGCAACUGGCAUUCCGAGAGCUACACUGCUCCCGAGCUUGGAGGCCCUGUAGGGCAGCCUCCUGCCACCUGGCACCUUCCAGAUGUUUCUGGACUCCAACUUCCAUCAGCCCCAGCCAGAGUUCUCAGUGCUCUCAGGAAUGAUGGGAGUUGGAGGCCCAAACCUCUGGAUGGCUUGCUAGGCAGCUGUUCAGGUUACUAUGGCAAAUCCUUUGGAGAAAGGGGGAAAACAACCAUUUGAAGCCAUUUAGGUCUAAGGCUAUCGCUGCAUCUUGUUGCCAUGGGUUCCAUAAAUUAAUAAACCUGUGUUUAUGUGGUGUUUUGGGUGCUGGUACAGGAGGAGACAGAGAUGUGAAUUGGAUAUUGUAAGAGGGAGGACUGUGUUUUGUCUUCAGACUUUCAGCUGUGUUCUAUGGCUGUAGCCAACUUUCAAAAAGGAGAGGGAAAUGCAGCCUCUUUUUCCCAACUGCAAUGACUCCACCCCUUAUCACCACCCACUGUUGAAUUCCCUGCUAAAAGGCUACAGAAGUAAUGGCCUAACUCAGUGGUUCCCAAUCUUUUUUUCCCCAUGGAAAAUUGCUGAGGGUCUUUGCAGAGCACUUCAUUGUUUUUUUGCCCACUUGUAGCAGACGCUGCAUGAUUCUUUAAUUGUAUUUUAUCGCUUUUUUAUUUCUUCUAUAUUGUAAGUUGUUAUAUUUCAUAACAGUCAAAUUGUAAUGCAGUAAAAUACGAGAUAAGAAAUAAAAGAAGCAAUUAGAAUGCAAUCAAGACUCAAUAUAUUUAAUGUGAUGGAUGUGCUGUCUCCUGCCUCCCACCACAAAUCUACAGACAUGCCGUGGACCACCUGAAUUAAGCUGCCUGGCCACUGGUGGUCCAUGGACCAUAGUUGGAAAUGCUUGGCCUAACUAAAGUCACGUGUUGUCUAUCUGCAACCAGGAGCUUGACAACUCUACCAAGCAGUUUUACACUUCUGGGCCAGGAACAAAAACAGGAAGGUUUAUUGAGUCAGUUUUGGGAAAUCGUAUGUGAUUGGUGGACUGCAGUAAAGAAAACCUGAUUUGAGAUAUUUGCAAAGCAUUUAUAAGUGAAAAAUGAAAUGGUCAACAUGUCACACAAAUGUGAGCUUGAUGGCCUAUUUAUUUUAUCAAUAAAACAAAUUAUUUAUGUGUACUUUAAAGAUUAAUAUUGGAUUAAUAUUUUAAGAUACUCUCUCCGUCCCUUUUCUAUUCUUCCAUGAAUCUGUUCUGCUUCACUUGUGACUUCUUGAAGGGAUGCAAUCCCAUCUACUAUGUAUCAUUGAUAUUAUCUGUCCUGGGCCAUACGUAUCUAGAAAACGUCUGUCUCGGGGUAAUGUUAAUUACAAAAAACAUGCAUACUGCAGGACUUGCGCACUUUGAGAUAGGAGAGGGGAGUUUGUAGAGCAAUCCUAACCAUACAAUGCUGGUGGCUGGUGUGUAAGUGUUAGGAUGGUGCACAAUCACCUCCCCAUUGGUCUCUGUCAGCCAAGAAGAGCUCCAGUGGCAGGGGUAAGCCCUAGCUCUGCUGAAGCAGGUUGUGUGGUAUCACGGUGAGUCAUCAGUGGAAAGACAUGAAAGUAGACAUUUUGGAGAAGGGUGCUGGAUCUGCUGGGGCCUGAUGCUUAGAACGAGCAACUAAAAUAGUUGCUCUCACCCUCCUCUUUGGUUGGUAGGAGCUGACUGGACUCAGAGGUACUGGAGGAUCUGCUUGCUGCUUGCCUCCUUGGCCCCUCAUUAGGAUUGCUGUACUCAGCUUUAACAGUACAAUUCUGUGCAUGUCUGAUGAGAUGUAAGCCACCUUGGCUGUGAGUCUUGGAAGAACUGCUCUCUGCCUUGCAGGCCCUUUUCCACCUGCCCUGGGUGGGCAGGGCCCUGACAGACUCCAGCUGCAAAAGCUGAGGCUGUUGAACAGGUUGGUGUAUUGCUUAGGGGUUUUUUGUUGCUGAUGGGAUUGUUGCUGUUAUCAAUAUUAAUUUUUGUACCUUUUUUAUUAGAUCUGAUGAUGUUUUAAUGUGGAAAUUGUUCAGUUUGGUUGGGUAGUUUUUGAUGUGUGUUGUUUAUUGUUUAUGACUAUUUUUGUUAUACAGUGGAACCUUAGUUGUCGAACGUAAUCUGUUCUGGAAGACUGUUCGACUUCCGAAACAUUCGACAACUGAGGCGCAAAAUUAAAUUGAGAAAAUUGAGAAACGCACUUUGGAAGCCAUUCGACUUCCGAGGUGCAUUUGAAAAUGGAAGCAAUUACUUCCGGGUUUUCAGCAUUUGAAAAUCGAAACGUUCGGCUUCUGAGGUGCUCGAAAACCGAGGUUCCACUGUAUUUGUAAUUAUAUAAUUUUUUUCCUCAUGUUGUAAGCCACCUUGAGCGUGGUUUUAUCUAUGGAAAGGUGGCAUACAAAUAAAAUGAUGUAUGUAAACCCUGCUGAGUUCAGUUGGACUUACCUCCCAUGUAAACUUGUAUAAGAUCUAUAUUAUAUGAGAUGGUAUUAUAGACUAUUAAGAAGAAGAAGAAAUGCAAUACAAAGUACCUGUGAAAAAUGAAGGGUUUUGCCAUUGGUUCUGUUAGCAUAACUGCUAGUGGAGGGGAACAGGUCUUCUAGAAUUUUUAACCUCCUGACAUAAUACAUACCCACCCAGGGGCAGGAUUGUGAACGAUUCUGGCCACAGCCUGCUCCUUAGAGAAGCCAGCCUCAGAUUGAGAAAACUUGGAUAGUGCCCUGCAUUACAUUGCAUACCCAUGAGUAUCAGCCUCAUUCAUCUUAACUGCAAUAAUAUUUUUUACAAACCCAAGUAUUUUUUAUUUUUAAACGUUUGAUACGUUUAAAGUGCAAUUGCUUUGCAAUCUUCUGAAGGCUCAAUGAUAUCUGAAUGUUGUGGGUUUCUGUUGUUGCUUCCAGAACGUUAAGCAUAUGUUACUAAUUCGGGACAAACCUUGGUAUAAAGGCUUUGUUUUCUGUAAUAACCAAAGUGUGGGUGUGUAUUCUGAACAAUACAAUAUCUCUACAUGCAUAACCUUACAUGAUCUAUAGGGUUACAAUGAAGAAAAAAACAUUAUAUGGAUGGAUAUCAUCCUCAUAUUUGUCAUUCCAAAAUUUCAUAAACAGUGAACAAUAACCAACAUGCUGUUUAAAGCUUAUUUCUACUUGCUGAUUGAAAGAAGGGAAUGAACUCUUUGGUUUCAACCCUCUUUUCUCUUAGGAGGCAUGAUUAUGACAAAGUCCAAACACUGCUUGCAUUCUUCAACACUUGCCUACGUCUUUAAAUAUCAUUACUUUAUUUUUACAGUUUUACUGUAGUCUAUUACUACAGUCAUUCCUUUGUCUACUUAUGCAUUUCCUGAUCCAGUGACUCCAUUGUACUUUAAUUGGGAGAUAAAGAUGUGAAGAUUUGCAGAGGGAAUGGCUCUGUUAUUUCUUUCUCUCCUACAAGUGAGAAAGCUCUAGAAUCACAGCAGGAUUCCCAAUUGCAUGCAUAGAGAAUUAUCUUCAGUUAGACCUGCCUUAAAGUGUAUUGGAUAAUGACUAAAAUAUAUUGAUAGUACUGUAUGGAAGAACGUAGCCAAGAUGUAGGGACACAUUCCACUGCACACAUGUUUAUUGGGCCCAGAGAUAGAAGGUUGAUGCAAAACUGUCAAUCUCUGAAAUGUAUUACAGUGUUACCUCGGGUUAAGUACUUAAUUCGUUCUGGAGGUCCGUUCUUAACCUGAAACUGUUCUUAACCUGAAGCACCACUUUAGCUAAUGGGGCCUCCUGCUGCUGCCGCGCUGCUGGAGCACGAUUUCUGUUCUCAUCCUGAAGCAAAGUUCUUAACCCAAGAUACUAUUUCUGGGUUAGCGCAGUCUGUAACCUGAAGCGUAUGUAACCCGAGGUACCACUGUAUUAGCACUGUAUGUAAGUUUGUAGUCAAGUUGCUCAACACAUAAGAUAAGUCUUCUUAGGGAGACAUCUCUUUCUGGCCCUUGCAGAGCAUAUAUAUCACACCCCAACUUCUCCUACUCAGUGCAGCGUAAGAGGUUGUGAAAGAAGCCAAAUGGCCUGACCCUGUGCAUAUUUACUAUGGAGUUAGUCUCACUGAUUUUGUUGCAACUUACCUCUGAGUAACCAUGAGUAGAAUUGGGCUGUAAAAGUAUUGUGGCAUCUAGAUCACUUCCUGGUGCAACUGGACUUCUCCGCGACCCUUCCCCUCUGCAGGGAGGUGGGACCAAUUCGGAUGGUCUGCCCCCGCCAUUGAAUGGAUCCAAAUGGUUUCCAGAGAGUGGUAGGGGAUGCUUUAUCCCAUGUUGAUGGCCUUUCAGCUGAUUCCCUGGUGGCCCACUGGAAUGCGGAGUUAACCAGGGCUAUCGACUGUCUGGCUCCGAAGCGCCCUCUCCGAUUGCAUGGAGCCUGGACAGCCCCGUGGUUUUCUUCGGAGCUGAGGGCGAUGAAACAAUCGCUGAGACGGCUAGAGCGUCGGUGGCAGAAAACUCACUCCGAAUCUGACCGGACACAGGUUAGAGCUCAACGUCGAGCCUACCAAGUGGCGAUAGCGACGGCGAAGAAGACUUUCUUCACCGCCUCUAUUGCAUCUGCACAAAAUAGUAGCAGGAGACUCUUUCAGGUGGUUCGCAAUUUAACGGAACCACCUUUACCACCGGGGCCUUGUAAAGACCCCAAGAUUUCCUGCAACGAUUUUGCAAAGUUUUUGCAGAUAAAAUCACUCAUAUUCGGAAGGAGCUAGACACCACCGUGGGAGCAGGGCUGGGGUGGGAGAGUGCUAGAGCCCUGUCUGGUCAAGUUGCAUGGAAUCAAUUUCAAUCCGUUACCCCCGAGGAUGUGGACAGGCUGCUUGGACACAUAAAACCAACCACCUGUCUCCUUGAUCCUUGCCCAUCCUGGCUAAUAAAAGCAAGCCGGGAAGGGCUGGGCGAUGGGUUCUGCAUGGUGGUAAAUGCUUCCCUCUGUGAGGGAACAUUCCCAGAUCCGCUGAAAGAGGCAGUCAUUAAACCGCUUCUUAAAAAACCAUCUUUAGACCCGGCCAGUAUGGCCAACUAUCGCCCAGUCUCAAAUCUUCCAUUCUUGGGCAAAGUGAUUAAGCGCGUGGUUGCUGAACAACUCCAGGCACGCCUGGAGGAUGCGGACCAUUUGGAUCCCUUCCAAUCGGGAUUCAGGCCUCAUCAUGGGACUGAAACUGCCUUGGUCGCGCUGGCUGAUGAUCUCCGGUGAGCUAGGGACAAAGGUGAGAGUUGUUUCCUAGUUCUGCUGGAUCUCUCAGCGGCCUUUGAUACUAUCGACCAUAACAUCCUUCUGGACCGUCUAGAGGAGCUGGGGGCAGUUAUACAGUGGUUUCGCUCCUUCCUCCUGGGCCGUGUUCAGAAAGUGGUGUGGGGGAUGAGUGUUCAGACCCUUGGGCCCUCACUUGUGGGGUGCCUCAGGGUUCCGUCCUCUCCCCCAUGCUUUUUAACAUCUAUAUGAAGCCGCUGGGAGAGAUCAUCAGGGGGUUUGGACUGUGUGUCCAUCAAUAUGCAGAUGAUACCCAGCUCUCUUUCAAAUCAGAACCAGUGAAGGCGGUGAAGGUCCUAUGUGAGUGCCUGGAGGUGGUUGGAGGAUGGAUGGCGGCUAAUGGAUUGAAGUUGAAUCCUGACAAGACAGAAGUACUGUUUUUGGGGGACAGGGGGCGGGCUGGUGUGGAGGACUCCCUGGUCCUGAAUAGGGUAACUGUGCCCCUGAAGGACUAGGUGCGCAGCCUGGGAGUCAUUUUGGACUCACAGCUGUCCAUGGAGGCGCAGGUCAAUUCUGUAUCCAGGGCAGCUGUCUACCAACUCCACCUGGUACGCAGGCUGAGACCCUACCUGCCCGCGGACUGUCUCGCUAAAGUGGUGCAUGCUCUAGUUAUCUCCCGCUUGGACUACUGCAAUGCGCUCACCUUUGAAGGUGACUCGGAAACUACAACUAAUCCAGAAUGCUGCAGAACUGGUGACUGUGGGCGGCCGCCGAGACCACAUAACACCGGUCUUGAAAGACCUACAUUGGCUCCCAGUACGUUUCCGAGCAUAAUUCAAAGUGCUGGCGUUGACCUUUAAAGCCCUAAACGGCCUCGGCCCAGUAUACCUGAAGGAGCGUCUCCACCCCCAUCGUUCUGCCCGGACGCUGAGGUCCAGCGCUGAGGGCCUUCUGGCGGUUCCCUCAUUGCGAGAAGCAAAGCUACAGGGAACCAAGCAGAUGGCCUUCUCGGUAGUGGCACCCGCCCUGUGGAACGCCCUCCCGUCAGAUGUCAAAGCGAUAAAUAACUACCUGACAUUCAGAAGACAUCUUAAGGCAGCCCUGUUCAGGGAAGUUUUUAAUCUGUGAUAUUUUAGUGUAUUUUUGGUUUCUAUGGAAGCCGCCCAGAGUGGCUGGGUGGGGUACAAAUAAUAAAUUAUUAUUAUUAUUAUUAUAGGAGACUUAAUUUUAUCAUGAGUUAUUGUACUUUAGCACAAACUAUAGGCUUAAAGAAAAGUAAAUAUCGCCAGUUUCUGUUGGCUUGCUGUAUUAUCAAAGGAUUAAAAAUAAAUAAGAAUUGUUGUCUUUUAUUGUGCAAUUCCCUUAGCGCCUGAAGAAAAGGAAGAAAUUAAAGGGCAAUAUGAGAAGCUCAUGGAUGCGUAUGGGUGCUUAGGAGAACUCCAGUUAAGAGCUGGUAAGUACCUUAAUAUCAUUUUUAGAAUAAUAAGUUGAACAAUGUGUCCUUCAAUCCGACACAAUGAAGUGAAACUAUUCUUUGGUUAACCUUCAAGGACUAAUUCUUUAAAAUGAGUUGUGUGGUAAUGGUUUUAACUUGAAAACAGCUUCUGUUUCUUUUUACCAGAUUUGUUGUGCUCCUUGUUGGCCUUGGGUAGCCCUACACAAGGGCAUCUUCCUUAGUAAAUAUGUUUAAGAUUACAGCCUCAGUGGUUGGGUACUAAGUCUUAAUUGACUUACCUAUCAGUAAAUGCUUAGGAUCAUGAAUAGGUUUGCCUGCUCCUAUCCUUCAUCUCCUGUCCUGCCUUUGUGUUUUGUUUUUUUAAUCUGUUGGGGAAAUGAUGCUCAAUAGGUGAAAGAUCUCAAAUUGCAUUGCUGCAGCCACAGAAAAAUGAUACCCUAUGAGCCGCUCCCUGACAAGUAACUAUAAAAGACAGAUUUUUGGGCUGCUGCUUUUAUUAUGCAUUGAGGCUCAGGCAGAAAUGCAGCAAGUGAUCCCCUUUUUUCUGGCGUGGAGAUACAGUGUUAGGGAAAGCUGCACUUGUUCCCUUUUUGGCUUGCACAUAUCUGUUAAAAGCACAGAGCUCCUGCCCAUAAAAAUACAACAAUUCUAAGGAAGUCAGCCUUUUCAGGCCAAGAAUAAACAGCUCUACUGAAUAGCACUUUUCCCUUUCUUUUUAUUUUGAAUGACUAGCUUUAUUAACAGCAGUAGUUCAUGGUUAACUAAGACUACAGCCCUGCAAUUGACAAUUUUCUCUGUUCUGGUGACCUUCUAAUUUGGGUUUCCUGAACCUAGCAUUUUCAUCACAAUGAGCAUGGUUCCCUCCUUGGAUUUCAUGUUACAGCCAUCUAAUGUGGGCAAGGAUAGACAGGUCUGCACUAGGAAAUGGUGACUAUUCCUUUAACAGCUUGGGGGCAUUGAGAGAGCAUAUAGUCACUGCCCCUCCCAACCUUUUCUCCAACCUCUUUUCCUGCUGACUGAAGGCAAUGGUGUAGCCCUGCGACAAGACAAAUGGAGCCAGGGAGGUGAGUGGCAUGGUAGUUGCUGCUUUGCAUCUUGGUGCUUUGGUAUUUUAAAGACGCUAGCAUAUCUCUGGAGAACCUGCUAUGGCUAGAGUGAAUGUGGUAUCCAAAAUUGCAAAAUGCAAAUGAAAUAAAUGGACUAUAGCUUUGCCUCUUCGUUGGCUGGCAUAUGGUUUUAUGCACAUAAAAGCAUCUGAAGUAUUUAAACAAUUUGUGAGGGAGGGUAUGAUGGAGUGUGGGCAGCUGAAUGCAAGAUCAUAUGAACAAGAAGUCAACUUUCCAACGUCCAGUAACAAGGAAUGUCAGGGGAUGUGGUUAUGCAAAACCAAAAAUAAUAAUAAUCCAAGAAUUCUGUUCAUAUUUAAUUAAGGGUUGUGAGAGCAUGAAAGAGGCUGUGCCACAGACCAGAGGCUCAGCCAUGGCCAGUCACAGCCCUUGAAAUUUCCAUAGUUGCCCUAGUACUUUGACAACGCAUUAGUUACUUCUGAAGUCAACCCAUGAUAGAAAAGGUUUUUGUGACUCCAUAGGAUUUGUGCAGAUACUGUCCAAACCAUCCCACCCACCAAUUUGUGGAUUUCCUGACAUAUACAUGGUGCCAGUUUCAUUUCCAUAAUAUGAAUUUAAAAGAGUCUGCCUAGACACUUCGCUUCUUGCCGCAAGAAGUGUUUGGCUGGCUGGAAGGGAGAGACAGUGUCUUCGUUUGGCCCUUGAGACAAGUAGGCUCCCUAAGGAGGGUAGUAAGUCAGUAAGAGCAUGAAAGAUUUUUCCAGAAUGCCUGAUGAUAAAGAAAGUUUAUAGCGAUAGCAGCAAUAGCCUGAACCAGCUACUGGGCAGAAAACUCCAUAAAUCUUCUGAAAUAUGAAUUAGUCACCGUGGGGAGACAAGACUGGUUUAAAUCCAAACAUUUGGCUUAGUUGGCUUAUAAAACAGACAAAAAAGGAAGCAUGACUGUUCUGACUAGCUAUUCAGACAGUAAGCAGAAUAGCUAAUCACACUGGUUUUUCAGUCUCACUUUUUGGCACUAAAGACCUCCUGGGGUUUUAGUAGGAAAUUCUUCCUUUUUGUCAUACUGCAGAACUUGUGUGUGAAUACUUUGUCUUAGUUCUUUGUCUGGGUUAGGCUGUCAAAAUUGAUAGGCUGCAAACCCAACCAAUUUCCCAUGCAAGACACUUGCACUAUAAGGCUGGUGGGUUUUGCCUAGCUGAUUGUCUGGGUAAUGUUUCUCAAAAGCCAGAACUCAUAUUGGGUCUGAUCAGCUGGAACAACUCACUAGUUCCCAUUAUUUGCCUUUGGGAUGGGCUAGAGCAGAAUGAAGAGCCAAGUAUGUUCUGGGCUGGGCCUCGGGGGGGGGGAGUGUUUUGUAUUCAUUGGUUCAAUCUCCUUAAUGAAUUCUAGUCUGAAUUUAUAUUGGCACAUAGCACGACAGUGUACAGCAUUAAAUGUAAGAUGGUCCAAAUGUUUUGAAAUGCAUUAGAUGAUUUUUUAAAAUUAGUUGGGAAGUUUUUUAGGUGGUUUUAAAAUUGUUUUUAAAUGUUGCAUAUAUGUUUUUAUUUCAUUUUAAACUGUAUUAUUUUAACUUCUUGAUGUUUGUUGCCCUGGGCUCAUUUGGGAGGAAGGGUGGGAUAGAAAUUGCAUAAAUAAUUGCAUAAAUAACAAGAAGGUGGUAUCCGAAGAGCAUUAUUAGUGUGUAGAUUUGUAAGAUUCAUGGUCAAAUUGCAUAGAAACACAGAUUAUGUGAGCAGCAUUCACUUAACACACCCCAUCAAUGGAAACCCUCUGCAAAGAUUUCCACUUGUGCAAUGGCGCUUCUCCCUGUGUGCUCCCUGUGCCCCUCCCCCCCAAAAAAUGACUGGGGGGCGGAUCAGGAGAAGCCCAGCAGCAGCACACAGAGGGAGUGCUGGGGUUUUUUGUUUACUGCUAUGUUGCUUAUUGACUGAUUGUAUUAUUUUAUUGUAUUUUGCCUGCAUUGUACUCUCUUUUGGGAUUAUUUGAUAAAGAAUAACAAGUUUUAUGAUAAAAUAAACUGUUGUAAGCCGCCUUGAACAUUUUUUUUAACUUUGGAAAGGUGCCAUUCAAACAGAUUGACUGAUAAUAACAUCAUGAGAUCUACCAGCAGAUUUAAAUCUAUCUUCUGACCACCCCACAUGUUAAUGAGCAAGGUUGUCUGAAUUAGUGCAAGGCAGCUUCCUAUAUUGCAUGUGGCAAAACACUAGGCUCUCAGCAUUCAUACCAAGCACGGCCAGUCCAGACUUUUCAUGCUGCAGACCAUUAUUCAGGGCCCAUGAGGCUUACUGCUAUUUGGUUUAGAGCCUGAAGAGGGUUCUGAGGCCAGCAUAUUCUCAAUAUAUAGGAGAACAUUCAGAGGGUCCUUGCGCCUAAGGUUUCCAUGGUGAUGAAGGGCUUUGGGAAGACAGGGUUAACUAAUCCUUUGGGCUCCAAUACUUUGGCCACCUCAUGAGAAGAGAAGACUCCCUGGAAAAGACCCUGAUGUUGGGAAAGAUUGAGGGCACAAGGAGAAGGGGACGACAGAGGACGAGAUGGUUGGACAGUGUUCUCGAAGCUACAAACAUGAGUCUGACCAAACUGCGGGAGGCAGUGGAAGACAGGAGUGCCUGGCGUGCUCUAGUCCAUGGGGUCACGAAGAGUCGGACACGACUAAACGACUAAACAACAACAACAAUCCUUUGGGCUGUGUGUCAUACCAGGGGUCUCAAGAAUAAUGCAGAACUUUGUGAUGAGGGAGAAGGUUAUUACCUUUAUUUUUCAUUAUACCUCCCCAUGAGGUAACCUCGUACCCUGAAAAAUUGUUCAAGGAAGUUAGCUACAGUCAGGAUGAAAAUAAUAUAUAAAAAUAGUUCACUCAUCCUGUUGAAGAGCAUGCGCUUUGUUCUUCUCCCCCUCAUGUACAGGUCUGCUUAAGUGGGGCCUAUUCGGCACAUAUUCCUCUGUGACCUUCUUGAGUAUCCCUAUGUUGAAAACUCUCCAGGGCAACUAAAGUUGCUUUGGAGAUUAUGAUCGUGAUGAUUCACAAUCGGGAGCGUACUUUAAAGUUCCUGUUGUUCAUUGGCAGCUGUGUGUUACAUAUUACAUAUUACAGCUGAUGUUACAUAUGACUUCAAGGAUGGGGUAGGUGGGUGUGGUUUGAGAAAAACAGCUAAAUUUGAAUCCCUCACAGGCCACAUUUGGCCCACUGGCAUGCAGCCCCUGGAAGGUUGCCCAUGAGAGAAUGUGGCCCUUGGGCUGAUGAAGGUUUUCCAUCCCUGUCCCGGGGGCUGCUCCUUCCUUAUUGCUGUAAUACAUAUGUUUUCUCUGCCUUUGUCGCAAGAUAGUUUUAAAAUGUUACUCUAACUUCAAAUACUCUUAAGGAGAAAUUUAUAUAAUGAGCAGAAACAACAGUUCAUUUUGGUUUGGGUUUUUUUAAAAUAUACAGGAAGCUUUUCUUGGUUAUUGAAACAGUCAGCAAUGCAAAUUGGAAGGUGCUAAGCACAGCUGGAAUCAUGGCAUAAAUAUUCAAAAUGAGCUAUCCAGUGGGGAAUAAACUGUGGGUUUACUUGCUGGACUUAAAUUUGCAUUUCCAACCUUUCUUGUGGAAGCUCCUUUUUUUUUUGCUUUUGAAGCUAUGGCUGAAUGACAACAGACCUCUUAUUUUCUAUUUAGUGCCUCAUCAAAAGAAGAAUAGGCAUUCUUCUUUUACUCCAAGAUAACCAGCAGUUAGUGUUAGACUACAGCUUCCAUAAUUCCUGCCCAUUGUCUGUGCUGGCUGGAGCUGAUUAGAGUUGGGAGUCUAUCAACAUCUGGACUACCUGUGUUUUCUAUAUGUCUUAAAUAAUGCAUCCCGUUACAAGACAUUUUUCUGAUUGACCCUUAGCAUCCUUUAUGAGCAUUUCCCUUGAGAGGCCUUUCACAUUUAUUAUCAAGCAAGUGGCAAAAUAUCUGAAUGUUGUCAUGCCUCUUAGACCAGCUAUGUUGGUUAGUUUUUUGCUUGUUAUUUUUUUAAUAAAACAUUUUAUUUAGCUAUGAAAUUGUAUUUUAGACAUAGCAUUGUGAUUGACUGACCCACAGACUCACUGUUAGGAGUAGAACUGACUUGAACCAAAGCUUAAGUACCUAAUAGAGGAGUUCACAGAUUGACUUUUAUGAGCUUGCCGCUUGAAACAGCAGUCGUAGAUGUCUCCUGAGAGUGGAUUCAGUCACAAAUAAGUGCUCUUGCUUGUCAUUCCAGGUGGCCAACUUGUUAAGAGCAAUGUUUCUCCUGCCAUAUAUUUUCAGAUAUUAUGAUGGAUACUGUGGAGGGAAUAAGUACCUUUUUCACAAAAUACUCCUUUCCUGCCCCAGAUGUUCCCCAGCUUGGGGGGGGGAGGAACAGCUGAUGAGAUCAUGCCCUUAGACUAGAUUUUCUCCUUGUACAGCAAUGAGGAUGGCUGAGUUGGCAGUUAAUGCAAUAUUUCUGUUCAUACUUGUAUGUUCUAUGUGAGAAAUGUUUUCCUUUCACAAAUUUACACAUUUAAUCAUGCCAACAUAGGUUUCUGCCAUACCUACAAUUAGUCCCAGACCAAUGAAUUUAAUCUGGUAUCAACUUGACAUUGUCACCUUCUGAAACAAAAAAACAACAACCAAACAAAACAUAUUUAUGAGAUACAGUGAUACCUCGGGUUAAGAACUUAAUUCAUUCUGUAGGUCCGUUCUUAACCUGAAACUGUUCUUAACCUGAGGUACAACUUUAGCUAAUGGGGCCUCACGCUGCUGCCGCAUGAUUUCUGUUCUCAUCCUGAAGCAAAGUUCUUAACCCGAGGUACUAUUUAUGGGUUAGCAGAGUCUGUAACCUGAAGCGUCUGUAACCCGAGGUACCACUGUAUUGACAGGCUGCCUUUACAGAAAAUGUCUAGAAUGGAAUAAGCAUUUGUAUUCCCAUGUAAUUCUAAUGUGUCUGUCAUUUUCUAGGCAACACCACCCUUCAUUUUCUGGUCCUUGUGACAGGCUGUGCAUCAGUGGGGAAAAUACUUGAUGCUGAAGUUUACAGAAUCACGACAACAGAAUUCUGUCCUCUCCAGGAAGAAACUAAGGAGGAAGAUCGUGUUUCUGCCUUGAAGAAAAUUCUUAAUUCUGGGGUGUUUUAUUUUUCUUGGCCAAAUGCAGGGUCAAAUUUUGAUAUCACUGUCCGAGCCCAAAAACAGGGUGAUAACAACUAUGGAACUGCAAACUCAUUCUUCUGGUAAGUGCAAUAUGUUACAUCCUAUAUUUGGUCAGUCCUUAGCUAAUAUGUCCUAGACUUCAAAUCCAUGUGGAUUUCUGCUUCAUGAAGGACUGGAAUCUUUUUGGGAUCUUCUAAAGCAUAGCAAUAAAUGCAUUGCUAUUAUAGCUAGAGAGUGUCCUUUUGUGGAAGGAAAAAUGUCAUACAGUGGUGCCCCGCAAGACGAAUGCCUCGCAAGACGGAAAACCUGCUAGACGAAAGGGUUUUCUGUUUUGGAGGUGCUUCGCAAAACGAAUUUCCUAUGUGAUUGCUUCGCAAGACGAAAAUGUCUUGCGAGUUCCUGCAGGGGUUUUUUCCUUUUCCCCCCCCUUUUCCCCAAGCUGCUCAGCCGCUUAUCAGCUGAUCGUUAAGCCGCUUAUCAGCUGAUCGUUAAGCCGCUUAACAGCUGAUCGCUAAGCCGCUUAUCAGCUGAUCCGCUAAGCCCGCUAAGCCGCUAAUACUGUAGCGCUAAUCCGCUAAACCGCUAAUGGGCUUGCUUCGCAAGACGAAAAAACCGCAAGUCGAAGAGACUCGCGGAACGGAUUCUUUUCGUCUUGCAAGGCACCACUGUAUUUCUAAAUAUAAUAUAUAUGGGAAUAAUUCCCACUAAACGUAGCGAAACUUAUAUUGGAUUGGAUUGCCAAUGUAUAAAAGGCUUUAAGAGCUGGUUCACACAUAGCUCAGGUGUGCUGGGUUGUUAAAUUUAUUAUUGCAUUUACAUCCCACUUUUUUCUCCAGGGAACUCAAGGUGUUGUAGAUGUUUCUCCCCCCUCAUCAUCUAAUCCCCAUUACAACCCUAUGAGGAAAGUUAAACUAAGAGGCAAUGACUGGCCCAAGGCCACCAAGUGAACUUCAUGGCCAAGUGGGGAUUUCAAACCUGUUCUCCCAGGUCCUAGUCCAACACGUUAAUCACUGCACCACAUUGGCUCUGUAAGUGGCAGGGCACAAUAGUGAAUUGCAGGCUCACAUGCUUCCCCUCCCCUUGGUGAAUGGAAUCUUUCAUGUGAAUCAGAGUUUGUGAGCCUGAGAUUUGCCCUUGGGCCCUGCUGUGUAUGUGAACCAAUCCUGGAUGCCUAAAUAUUUGUGAAGCAACCAUUUCUGAGUGUUUACACCUCACUUUAAGCAAAUCCCGAGUACCUGCAACUUGUACAGUGUGCAAAUUUAAUUUUUUUUUGUUAAAUAGAGAAGAUCAAUACAUUUUAUUUUCAACAUUUUAAAUAAUAUAUGGCAACUUCUGCAUAAUGUAUGCAGUGAUAAUGAUACCAAGCAAAAUGAAAGUUAGCAUCUGCUUCUGUGCAUGACGCUCCUCUUGCAGCCCAUUGAAGGUAAAUACAAAGCCCAAUGAAAAAUAAUUGAAUUGGGAUGAUGGGGCAGGCCUAUGUCAAUGUAAGCCUGCAUGAAUUAUUUAUCUAACUAAGUUUUAAAUGCCCUGGCACCAAGCUAUCUUGGCCAAAGUUUUGUUGUUGUUGUACAUGUACUGUAGAUGAUACUGCAGUUCUGAACUUGUUAAAGGCUUUCGGGAUACUUAGCUCUUAUUUUUCUUGACGAGUUUUGCUUGACACAUAGUCACAAAGCGAAGGUGGGCAACAGAUCGAGUGAACAUUCUCCUGGGUACUAGUCAUGACAGCUGAAUGCACCAUCAUAAUUACUGCUGUAUAUGGCACUCUCCAUGUGGCCUUCAGGGUUCCAUUAUGCCAAUAAGAGCAUCAGGACAGCUCUGCUGCAUCAGACCAAAGAGCUAUCACAUCCAGCAUCGCAUUCUCACAUUGGACAACCAAAUGCCAAUGGGAAGCCUGCAAUGAAACCAUGAACCCAAGAGCACUCUCCCAUUUGUGAUCCCCAGCAGCUGGGUUCAGAGGUGUACCGAUGCUGGUGUUUCCAUGACCCACUUCUGGGCUUCUCUGAGACCCAGCAGGACUGCUGUGGGAAGCAGGAUCCUGGGCAAGAUGGCUAUUUGGUCUGACCCAGCGUUUCCCAAUCUGGUGCUCUCUAAAUGUUUCGGACUGCAACUCCCAUCAUCCCAUGCUUUUGGACAUGCUGGCUGGUGCUGAGUUGAGUCCAAAACACCUGGAGGGUACAAAGGUGGGGAAGUCCAGUCUGUUCCAUCAGGGCUCAUCUAAUCAAUUUUGGCAUGUUGAUUAAUAGACCUAAAUAUAUUCAAAACAGAUUUUGUGUAAUUUUUCUUGACUCAGUUCUCCUAAAUGCAUUUGACACAAUUUGGCCAAAAGUCCCGCUGGUUUAAAUGGGAGAGAUUUAAGUUAUAUACUUAACUGAAAUCAGUGGGACUUUUUAAAAGCAUGCAACUUUUACCUGGAUCGUGCCCACUAUCUGCAUCAUGUGGUGGCAUUUUGGGAUGCAAAUGGCUUGCAAGAGUGAUAUCAGUACAGAAUAUACUUUCACAGAGAACUGCUGACUUCAUUCAAAGGAAAUUGUAUUUAAUGAAUUAGUCUGACUGAGUAGUAAGUAGCUUCUAUCCAAAUAUAUUCAUAUUGGCAGACAAACAGUAUGGAAUAUUAAACAUAGUCAGAUGCAGAAGUGACUACAUUGCCUUUACUGGUUAUAUUUCCUUUCAAUAGUGCUGGGAAAUCCAACAAUAGCUGUAGACUUUUUGAGUGGUAUCUAAUGGUAGCUUUGUCUUAGCAAAAUGUACUUCUGUUCCUGGCGAGGCAAGGCACCCAAUUUUCACUGCCUUCCCUACUGCUGUGUCCCAUUCUGUUCUGGAGGAUUACAUGAUCCCAAGGAACAGCUUUUAGGGAAAUUUAAGUGUGUUAGAGAGGUUGGCAAAAAUUGGGUGCAUCCAUUAAGGCAAAACCACAACUGAAUACAGCCCAAAGUUUUUUAAUAUUUAUGAUCCUGGAAGAUUACAUAUAUUAAUAUAGUAAUUGUAAGCCCAGGGCAUGGGGAGAUUCUGCCUGAUUACAACAGUAAAAACAGGAUCUUUCAAGGCCAAAAUAUCUGAUGGGCUGAAUUCAGCUUGGUUGGUCACAAGUUAUGCAACUUUACCACACAUUGUGGUAAAGUUGCACUACAUUUAUUUUUUUCAGAUUUGAUUGCAAGCAAGGAUUUCAUAACUAAAAACUAUUGAACCUGCACUGCAGUUUUUCAGGUCACAACCUGAACUGUGAAAUCCUCCUAUUAAAAUGUCUGUGAUUCUGUGAGUUGCUACCUUAACAGAAUAUUUCCCAAGGUUUAUCUUCACUGUAAUAUUGGCGUUCUGGUAAGAAACAAGCAAGACUGGAAUCCUUCCAGUGCCUUGUAGCUUGAACUCAAAUAAAUUAUAAAACCUUACCAAGGGAUAAUACUUUAAAGUUAGCUUUGUUAAUAAUAUAUAGUGCACCUAGUGAGUGAUUAUUAUUGAAUCUUGCAGGAACCAGCUACUGCAUGUCCCCUUUAAACACUACCAGGUGAAUUGCUCUGAUUGGCUGUUAAAAGUGAUCUGUGGUGUGGUGGACAUUCGCACUCUGUACGCUUCUCACAAGAAGGCAAAGGCCUGUCUCAUCUCCCGGAUCAGCUGCGAGAGAGCUGGUGCCCGGUUUCACAUACGAGGAGUCAAUGAUGAUGGCCACGUUUCUAACUUUGCUGAGACGGAGCAGGUAAGGGCUGGAUCCCAUGUCUCUAAAUAAUUGAUUGCAUUUACACAAAGUGGGGUGGCAGUUGAGGGAUCAGGAUGACAUCUUUCACAGUGACAAGUGACAUGAGAGAAGCUACCAAGUAGUGUCUAACCGCCCACGGUAUAUUCAUUAACUCUGCUUUUUUCCUUUUUGUUCAUUACACAUGUCUACAGAAGAAUACACCCACUCCAUUCCCUCCUCUUCAAUUUGUUUGGCUUGGAGUUUGCAUUCCCCCCCCCCAUUUGAUUUACAGUUGAGAGCUUGUGUAUUCUGCGGUUGCGGGGUGGGAGUGUGAUUUUUCAGUACAUUAAAAAAAAUCCCUGAGUGGGGAAGAAUAGAAGCAAAAUAAAUUCUUCUUGUUCAUUAUCACACACUUUCCCCAUAAGGAUUUUGGACUGGACUAGGUUCUAAUCAGAGAUUCUUUCCUGAAGCUUUAAUAGUCCAUACCAAACAUCUCAUGCACAGGUAAAGGGAAAUGUGAGUUUAUUUGUGUUCACAAGGACACUAACACCAACCCACUCGAAAAUGUAAAGUGUAUUUUAUGACAUAUUUUAACCAUUUUCCUGUGGUAUCGUAAAAGGCAAUUUAUUUUUUAAUUAUGGUGCAGGGUUUGAUUUUGAAAUGAUCAUAUAUUGCUUUUGUGUCAAUCUCUUCUCCGUUAUCCUUUCUUCUGCUUUAAAACAAAAAUAAAUCAUGAAUUCCUGUCAUCAAGAGUGUAAUGUUUGUCACCAUGAUACCAUAACUACCAGGCAGGUGGUUCAAUUAACCCUUUUUCCUGUGACUGGAUCCCUGCAUUCUUCAGUGACAGCACAGUGCAAGAGGGCAAAAGUAUAAGCCUAUCUUUAGUCACACCCCUAAGCAUUGGGGGUUAGCAUUCUGGCUAAGAAGUAUUGAUGGCCCUGCCUUCUAUACAUAUAUCUAAUUAUUUGGCAGCAUUAUUUCCUCUUACAGCUAAAGAAGGAAUUAUCAUCACCACCACCAUCAUUAUUAUCUGUCUCAUUAAGCUAAUGAUUUGAAAUACUUUGCUGUUGGGGCCUUGUUUUCACAGUGUAACUGAGAGGCCUAUUUUGCACAUAAACCAUAAACAUAAACCAUGUUUUAACAGUAUAUGCAUGAGCAGUAGCAAACCUCUUCUCUUCUUCCCUCCUCUGGCGUGGCCAUGAGGAGAGGAUUAGAAACAGACACUUCCUGUUUAGACUAACUAGAGAUUUUCAUUGCAUCCAAACUGGGGUAGUGUGUCAGGGAGGACAGAUCUCUAGUUAGCUUAUGCUUAAGCUCUGUCCAAAUGUUCCUUUUGGUAUCUAGCUAUUGAGAUACCAUCUGCAUAAGAAAUGAUGCUGUGGUAUGCAAUGUGCUAGAAGAUAGAUAGUUGUUUCGGGGGGGGGUAAGUAAGAAAGAGAAAAUGCACUGUUGGGGAACUCUGGCAAGGGGUAGUGUUUGCUGAUCCGGGAUUGAAAUGCUACUCACUAAAAAUGAAGCUGUCGAGUGAUGUUCAUGCACCUACUGUCUUAAAGAGAAAAACUGGGAAGGAUACUAGACAUUUCCUUAGCAUUGUUAUGGAAACUGAAGAAUUAUAAUAGAAUCAUAGAAUUGUAGAGUUGGAGGGGACCAUGAGGGUCAUCUAGGCCAAGCCCCUGCAAUGCAGGAAUCUUUUGCCCAACGUGAGGCUUGAACCCACAACCUUGAGAUCCAAAGGGCACCUAUGUUUGUUGGACUUGUGGCCUAUGAAAAGCCUUUCAACAAACAAUGCAAGAAAGCAAAACAGAAAGGACUAGCAGCACCAUACCAUUUUAUUUCUAAUGACUAAGAAAUACAUUCUUUUGUGAGGAAUGGCUUUCUUGUUAUGAUGGAUGAGGAGCUAACAUGUCGUUUUGUAUGUCUCUCUACUCAAAAGGACAGGUGAUAACUUUAAUCACAACGUGCUGAUUUUAUAGACCUUACUGGCAUCAUAAGCAACUUUUUUAUUCAAAUGCUUGCAUAUAAAAGGCAAACUGUACCUAUAUUCAUACAACAUACUUAAUCAUUUUGCAAAAGGGAAAAAGAGUGCAUGGAAUCUUGUUCUACUAGUACCUGACUUAUGGGCUGCAGGCUGCAUGUACAUUGCAGUAGCUUUUAUAAUUUUCCAGACAGUUUUAGUUAUUUAUUAUUCCCUACAUUUGUAUCCCACCUUUUCUCCCAGGAGCUCAAGGUGACAUACAUGGUUCUUUCCCCUCCCCAUUUUAUCCUUGCAACAACCCUGUGAGGUAGGCUGGGCUGAGACAUUGCGGCUCCCCCAAGGUCACCCAGUGAGCUUCAUGCCCGAGUGCAGAUUCAGUCCCUGGUCUCUCUGGUCCCUGGUCCAACACUCUAACCUCUACACCUGCCUGGCUCUCAGCCUUGAUAAUGUUAUGGGGAUCUCGGCAUUAUUAUUUUCUCUCUUUUUUAGUUAUGUAGCGAACAUGAUUUCUUCUGUGCAUGCUAAUGUUCAAAUAAGACAAGUCAAAUAAAAACACUGUUUAUAUGAUGCUGAGAUAAUUUGAGGCCUGGAGCAGAGUAGGAGGAAGGGAGCUGACGAUGAUUUUCAGCAUUAAGGCUCCUGUUGCCUGGGAUACAGUGACUGAAAUAUAGUUUGCAUACUGUCGGGUAUCACUAUUGUCACAUUGCAAGAACACCUGCACUUCUCUUCAGGGGUUAAAAAUUGUAUAGAAGCGUUGGAUUUCUGCAAGGGAUUUCUCAUGUUCAUUGUCCAACUCGCCAUUGUAUCAGCCUUGAAGGGUAAGCAUCCUCAUGAAGGAUAAGGCUGUUGGCAGCUAUCAGUUGCAUUUUUCUCCCUCUCUCAUAAUAGUUGAAGCCAAGGCCAUGCAAAGAAGCUCAAUGUUGGACAAUUGAGGACAGACCAAAAGGAUUAGCAGUUGUUUGCUGAAGCUUGAGAAUGAUUGCCGAGCAGGGAUGGAGAAUCAUUUCCAGUUUGCGGUGGGUGGGGGGCUGGAUGCUGCAGUGACCUGUCCCCUGUGGACCAUUCACCUGUCAUUUACCUGAUGUCACCAUGACAUCACCUGAAGCAUUUUCCUUUGCCCACAUGGUUUGAAAUCAAAUCAUGUGGGGAAAGGCAUAAUGUUUUGCAAGCUCUGCCCAUCAGCUGAUGGGCAGAGCCUACGAAACUCUGUACAUUUGCAAACACUGACACUUCACAGACACACUUGCAAGGGCACAAGGCUUUGUAAUCAGCACAGAGCUGCAUCUUAACCUGCUCCGCACCUGAUGCCAUAUAUAUGUAGGGCAGGUGGGCACGGCUUGACCAAAAUGGCCUUGCAGGCCAAAUGCAGAGGCCUGCCAGCCUUAAUAAGGUUUGCAGGCCAGAGGUUCCCCACCACUGCUGGAAAGCAUUGCUUCCUUUAUAGAUUCAAUUUAUCCUUAUAUUUAUGUUAGGAGAUAUUUGAAACUGGAAAAAGGGCAUGGAGAAAAAGGAGUGAUUAUGCCUUUGCUGCUCAGUGCACUUGAGUGAAUAAUGGAGCUCUGUAUUUUUGUUCCAUGGAACUUCAUUCAGUCACUUUAAUAUGGAAUAUAAAUUUUACUUUAGAAAUAGUAAUGAGUACCAUUUUUAACCUGGAUCACCGGUACAGGAAUGACACGACUUAAAUUUUGGAAGGAGUGAAGAUAUUGAAUCUCUUGUAACUGGGGACUUAAUCAUGUGGUCAUUCUGGAACUAGGCUAUCAAAACAUGAUAAUUGGCUCCAUCUUGUCUGGGGGGGGUAUUCAUAUAAACAGCUUAAAAUGCAGUGAGGUCAUCCCCCCCCCCUUGCAUUUCUAGCCACAUAUUUACAUUGUUUUUGCAUUAACUUUUUUGUUUCCCAUCCUUUGAAUCUCCCCAGAACCUCUAUUAGUGAAGCUCUCAUCUGCACAUGGGGCAGUGACUAUUAGGGUAUGCUCACAUUACUGCUUGCCCCACUUCCUUGGCAGAGAGUGAUAGUUGAUAGGUAUGAGAUGGUUAUUUAUGCAGACCCAGAAGAAAAAUAAAUCUGCACUUGCUAUCCUCUUGUAAACAUAGAUCUGGGAAAGGUAUGGGUCACCUAAAGAGUCAGCAGAAACGCUUUUUCUAAUGCUGACAUUGGAAAGUGGCAUGUAUCCAUGUGGUAGCAAUAGUUGGCAUUCUGGCUUAAAACACACCCAAAGCAUUGGGUGAAGUCACCACCUCCCCCCCCCCCCAGCCUCUUUCUCAUUCACUUAUAUAUGCAUCACUCGCAGCCGCUGCACUCUUUCCAAACAGGGCUGUACCUCAGAAUGGCUGAAAUCCAGUCCAGUUUGGAAUGCACAAGCCUAGGAGGAAAAUCUCUCCUGCUUUCUUAGCAGACUACUGGAUAAUCAGUGAUGAAGUAAUAACUUGGCUGCUUCUAAUUCAGUGGAGAAAAAAUUGUUUCCACUUGCUUCAUAAUGACAUGCUGGCUCUUCCCUUUCAUGAAUAAAUGGCACCCCAGGAACCUGGAUGCCGAGGGAAGGCUCUCUGACCCCUUUACAUUGCAUUAGUUCUGACAUUUUCCCCUGGUUUCAGGAGAGAAAGAAACAAUUAGCUUUAUCUCCAGGCAGCUCUUUUAUACAUAAAUGGUAUUCCUUUGUCUCCCACUGAGUUAGCCUUCUGGCAUUUCAGCUUGGCUAUGAGUCAUCUCUUCUUCUUUUUUUUCUUUUUUUGGUGGCUGGAAAUGACUCACUGCAACAGGCGAAGAAAAGAAAACAAACCAAUUUCAAGUCUUUUUGCUUUCUAAGCCAACACUUAACGUUUUAACUUAUUUGGCCAUUUUAGUUUACAAGCCUGAUAAAACUAGCAGGAACACACAAAACUGCAAGACUGAGAACUGAAAGAAGUUGGGGUGGGGAGGCAUUUGACAACCAGGGUGCAGGUCAUAUGAAAUUGGGGCUGCCAGCGGGGGGCGGGGGGAGCGAAGAGCAGUGGCAGAGGAAGGGGGUCCGGUCCACCCCGGGUGUCAUCAAUGAGGGGGGGUUGACAAAAUUGAGUUUUUAAAAAAAUGGGUUCACGAAAUUUUUUAGGAGUGACGUGGUGGCUUAGGCACCUGCAGGUUCCGCGCUGCCUAAAACAGCAGCGUGGGACUUGCGUCUGCCUACUGCCUCUCCCUCAGCUGCCCUACAGCUGAGGGGGAGGCGGCGGAGAGGUUCCAAGUGUCAGAGAGGCUUGCCCCACCCCCAUGGGCAGAUCGCCCCAUCCCCGGCUCCAGGACCCGCACCCGCACCAGGGUUAGCUUUGCCACUGGGGAAGAGUGCCAUUUUCCCACUCAGGGUGCUGCAGUAGGGCACUUGGUUUGCAUGUAGAAAGACUCGGGUUCCAUCUCUGGCAUCUCUAGGUAGGAUUUGCUGGGAAAGACUCUUGUCUCAAAACCCUGGAGAGCGUCUGCUAGAUAGUGUUGACAAUACUGAGCAAAUAGACCUAGCAGCCAUCUAAGGCAAGCAGCUUCCAGAUCCAUUGGUAGACUCUUUCACAUUCUUUUACAUAUCUCCAGAAAGAGCCUAAAGUUUUCCUUCUGUGGCAUAUGAACACAGGGGAAGAAUGGGAUUUCCUUUACGGGAUUUCUUACAGAAAAAUAGAAGUUAAUUCAGAUUCCCCUCCCUUUCUUCCCCCCUGCCUCCACUUAAGGCAUUUAGUUUGUUCAGUGUGAUUCAUGUGCCCAAAGAAGUGUUUGAUUUAGCAAUUCCUACCUUUCCCAUCACUUUAAAAAAUGGCAUUUAAAGUGUGCAAAAGACGGGUGUUCACUUGUGCAUGAUGUGCACAUGUUACAUAUCUGCUGUGGGGAAAUGCUGCUUUAGCAGCAGCCGGGAUUACAGCAGCCGUUGUAAUAUUUGGAGCUGCUUGAGUGGUCAGAACAGAGCACAAACCUGUGUGUGGUCCUGGACAUUUUCUCAUAGUAUCCUUAUUAAAAGGAAGGAAAUAGAAAAUUCCCUUGAUGAGAUGGGACUUGCCCAUCAUGAGCACUCUGGCACCCACCAUAUUCAUGAACUCCAUUAAUUAAGUGCAGUUAUACUGUUCAAACCAGUGAUGGUCCUUGUGUUCACAUUUCCCCUAUGGGCAUUGGUGCUGAUCCAGCUGUCUGCCUUCAUCCUGAGCAAUGCAGCGUGCUUAUAAAAGAAGGCUCUUGGGUGACUUGUCUGAUACCCUUUCUUUGCUGAAAGCUCAUUGUGAUGAACAAUGACACCACUAUUAUAUAUCGCAGGUGGAAACGGGCCAGGAUUUAAUUGCUAAAUAUAGGCCAACGCUGUUAAGUUUGCCAUUGUGCUGUUCUUUCCAGGGCCGUGCCUUGCUAUCCGAAGCUUCAUCUCGGCUUUUAGCUGGCCUAAAAUUGGAUAUGGGUACUGGGGGAGGCAAAGACACAGGCACUCACAGCCAUCCAUCCAUACAACCAGUGUGGUGAAGGCCACCAAGUGACCUUGGGUCUGUUAGAAUCUUUCAGCCGUAACCUACCUUACAGGGUUGUUAGGAUAAAAUGGAGAAGUGUAUACACUACCUGAACUCCCUGGAUGAAAGGCGGGUAUAAAUGUAGUAAAUAAAUAAGUAUUGGUGAUACUGUUCAUUCUGAGAUAAAAAAAAUUUUUUACAGAUCAUCACAAAAAUAAAAGUGGUUAGGGAGGGGAAGAAAAAUAGUGAAUUCAUCAUGGGAAAGGAGAUGAAUACCAAGUUAGUCAGCCCAACUAUUUUGUUUCCCUGAUGGUCCUCAGACUUUUUGUUACUUAACAUGUUGCCAAGGCACAAUGUGUAAUUAACAAAAAUUAGGAAGUGUUGUAAGUGAAGCUAAUACAACCACUUACCGCUACCCAAGAGUGGUCCUAAUAUGUGUGACAUUUCCGGGGAUGGGGGGGGGCAGGAGAGAAAAGAGAUUCUGCCUGCGUGCAUGUAUGUAUCAGGGGUAGCUAAUAUUUUUAAAAAUAAUAAUCUAUAUUAAAUUUUAGAAUAACUAGACUUUUAACCUUAGGACUCAUGUACCUUUAGUGUUUGCAUAUAAGAGGGCAUUGCAGCCAGUGAAAUUCCUGUAUUGCAGUCUGCAGGGAUUUGAAAAUCUUCCUCAGCCAAAGCUUUCUCAUUCAUCCAACUAUUAAACAUACAUAAACCCUAAUGUUGAAAGACUGGCCAUCCCAGAUUCAUACUUGUCAUAUCAACAGCAAGUUAGCUGUUCAAAUCUGUCCAGUUGUCUAAAUGGCACAUAUUAUUUUCUUUGGUCCAAAUAGAUGUCUUAUUUCCCAUGUAUUUUUGCCAUUUUUUAAAAAACAAACAAACCUGAAGAUACCUCACAUUCAAGCUGAAGUGAUAUCUAGCUUUGCAUUUCAAUCAAUAUAGUCAUACACAUAGUUGAGAAAUGGCCAAAAAAAUUGCAUUGAUCUGAAUAUGCUUUAUCUCUUUUGUUUCUGUAGACUAUCUAUUUGGACAAUGAUGUUUCUUCCUUUGUUCAAAUCAGAGGCUCAGUUCCACUAUUUUGGGAGCAACCUGGGCUACAGGUAAAUAGCAAAAAUCACUAAGGCUGCAAUCCCAAGGCGAGAGGAGGGAUUGAAGGCUGUUUAACCACCAUAUCAAAUGCCCUGCCAAGCGUCAAGGCAGAAGCAAGAACAGAGGAAUGUUAUCCAUCCUUUUUUUGCACUUUGAUUAGUUAUUAUUUAAGAGCUUCCUUCCCACUGGGAAUAAUGGGAAGAAAAUAAAGAGUUAGAGGGGCUGCUGAACAUGUCUGUCUUUCUCCCUGGUUCUGGAUGUGAUGUCUUUGAAUCUAAGCUGCUUCCUGGUCCUCCCUUGGCAUACCACCUUUUGGCCCUACUGAUGGUUGGAGUUCUGGCAUCAACUGGGCCAGGACAUCCCAGGGUCCAGUUGCAGGGAGGAAGUACCCAUCUCCCUCUCCAGUAUUGGUGCUCUGUCUCUGACCUUGUAGAGAGAGGCGUGAUCUAUCUUACAGCCCCUGAGAUGUCAAAGAGGCCUGAUGCUGUGGUUAAGGUAACUUUGAAAGUUGCUAUGCCAACAUUGGAGACAUUAAUAUUCAAGGUGCUGAGAUUUGAGGUUGUGUUUUUUAAAAUGAUGCAGUGAUGCAGUGCUUCUUAUAAAGGCCACCGUCUAGCACUAUUGGCUAUGAGAAAGGGAGGCACCAAAAGCAGAGUUUUGUCAGCCACAACCUGAAAUGGAUGCGUACAGAUUGCAUCAAAACUGUUUUUAGAGAAUAACUCCUUUAUUUGAAUCAUGAAUGGCUCCAUCUCUAUAUGACUCUGGAAGAUCAUAUGGUCUGGUUUAUACAAAAAAGCUGUUAACUUGAAACUUAAUAUGUAUAUUUAAAAAAAUAUUGAUUAUUCAAAACUGGACCUGUUUGUUUUUGUAAGCUCAAAUAUUUUUUAUAAGCUGAUUCUUUCUUCUUGUUUAUUUUUUAACUGCAGUGGUUCAGGCAUGGUCUGUGCUUUAAGACAGCAGUUAUAUCUGUGUAUGUGCAGAAUAGAUGCUUACAUGAGCUCUGGAAUGUGAGUUAGGGACAGAUUCAAGAAUGCAAUGAAUACAGUGGUGUUUCCCUCAGCAGCUAUGCCUGUUAUAUUCAUCAGUGGCCCAAAGGAAACUCACCUUGACAACUGGAGGGUCAGUUAGAUAGAGGAUUCUGGGCAAGGUGAACCCAUGGCCAUUCACUGGGUGUUAAUAUGAUUUUGCAUUCAUUUGUCAGUGUUGUUUGCUAAUAAAAUGUGUAAUUUGUGCUUUGAGUGCCAUAUGGGGGUGGCAGUGUGGUUGCUAAGAGAUAAUAAAGGAACAUUUUCUUUGAAUGAAAAAGGGAGACAUCUAGUGACUCAUAUUUAAAAUUAUUGCUUUUCAUUGUUAUCCACUUAGGUUGGCUCCCAUCAUCUAAAACUCACCAGAGGCCUGGAAGCUAAUGCUCCUGCUUUUGACAAGUAGGUUUAAUUGCGACGCUGCUGAUAACUCAGUAAAAUCAGAUGUUACUGUUUGCAUUCCAGGGUUUCCCAGAACAUCUUCAUGGUGUCACAUCUUUCUUCUUUCAAAUCCCACUUCAAAACUCACCUUUUUAUGAGAAGCUUUUUGGUUGAAUCCCUACAAGUACAGACAUAACACUUAACCAUAGAAUGAUAGAAUUGUAGAGUUGGAAGGGAUCCUGUGGAUCGGGUAGUCCAACCCCCUGCAAUGCAGGAAUAUGCAGCUGUCCCAUAUCGGGAUCGAACAUGCAACCAUGGCGUCGUCAGACCAGGCUCUAACCAGCUGAGCUAACCAUAUAUAAGGGAUCAAAUACUGGCUGUGGGGUCAGCAUGUUGCUCUCCACUUCCCUCUUGUUCAGAAACUGCUGCUGGUCAUUAUGCCAGCAUCUGACUGUGAAGCAGGGACAAAUGUCAGGGGUUUCACUAAGGAGAAAAAGAAGCUGUCUGCAUUGUGGCUGCUACAUCUGAAGACAGUAACGCUACUAGGCUUAUUGAAAUUAUUGUCUUAAUCAGAGUUUAGGUCUGGCGUUAGGAGACCUUUUUUUAGUCUAACCCUCAUCUCCCAAAGGUACACAUACUAGUGACAGGUGGGGCCAAAUGAGAAGUAGGUUUUGGGUUUGGCUGGAACUGGUGCACAUGCAACUCUCACUGUGAACACAUACAGCACACACAGCAUAGAAUCAUAGAAUCAUAGAAUAGAAUCAUAGAAUCAUAGAGUUGGAAGAGACCACAAGGGCCAUCGAGUCCAACCCCCUGCCAAGCAGGAAACACCAUCAGAGCACUCCUGACAUAUGGUUGUCAAGCCUCUGCUUAAAGACCUCCAAAGAAGGAGACUCCACCACACUCCUUGGCAGCAAAUUCCACUGUCAAACAGCUCUUACUGUCAGGAAGUUCUUCCUAAUGUUUAGGUGGAAUCUUCUUUCUUGUAGUUUGGAUCCAUUGCUCCGUGUCUGCUUCUCUGGAGCAGCAGAAAACAACCUUUCUCCCUCCUCUAUGUGACAUCCUUUUCUAUAUUUGAACAUGGCUAUCAUAUCACCCCUUAACCUCCUCUUCUCCAGGCUAAACAUGCCCAGCUCCCUUAGCCGUUCCUCAUAAGGCAUCGUUUCCAGGCCUUUGACCAUUUUGGUUGCCCUCCUCUGGACACGUUCCAGUUUGUCAGUGUCCUGUGCCCAGAACUGGACACAGUACUCCAGGUGAGGUCUGACCAGAGCAGAAUACAGUGGCACUAUUACUUCCCUUGAUCUAGAUGCUAUACUCCUAUUGAUGCAGCCCAGAAUUGCAUUGGCUUUUUUAGCUGCCGCGUCACACUGUUGGCUCAUGUCAAGUUUGUGGUCAACCAAGAAUCAACCAAGCAUGCAUAUACACAUCACAUGCCAAACACUUGUAUAGUAUGCACACAUAUGCUUGCAAACCCACCCAUCCCGCUCCCCAGUUGGAACAAAAAAUGAAUUUUAGGUUUUUGUUUGUAACACUUCAAACAGCGCUGGAUGCUUCAGUUGAGGGAAGAAUCAUGUUUUCAGGAAUAGGGAGGGGAAUUCAGUUUGUGUGCUAGAAAGGGUGGGAUAUUUUGUAGCACUAGUAAUACCUUGAAGGAAGAUAUCUUGAUCUGCCACCAAAAAAAAAGAGUUAACUGUGCAUUUGCUACCUUUAUUGCACAGUUGGUUUUGAAGACUAGUAGAUUUCCCCCACCCCACCUGUAUAAUAAGCUGUUCUUGCAUUUGCACAACCUCUUAGGAACUUCUAAAGCCAAGUAAAUGGCAGAAGGCUGUGUGCAAAGAGUGGUGAACGGCUAUUCAAAUAGAUGAAGAUCCCACAGGUAGAGCAACUCAGGUGAUAUAGGAGGGAAUCAGUCCAUUGUAAUGCUUCUCAGAGAAAGUUGUGUGUGUUUUUAAGGCCGUCCCUGCUCCUCAUCACGUGUUUUAAGAAGAGUUCUAGGACUCGGCUAUACAGCUGCAAAUAAAAUAUUUUGAAUGUGUUGUAAAGUGCAAUAUACAACUGUGACGCCAGAUGGAAACUGUGAGCUAUAGCAAAUUCAAUGCAUUUUUCAAAACGAUUUUUUUAAAAAAACAUUUCCACAAUCUACUAGGGUAGAUUUCACCCGAGAUCAUGUCGAAUAUUUAUGAAACCAAAGCAAUCUGUUUCUACUUUUGCAGGCAUAUAAUGCUCAUGAAAGAACAAUAUGGUAAACAAGUGAUUGUUAACCUGUUAGGAAGCAAAGGAGGAGAGGACAUCCUCAACAGGGCUUUCAAGGUAAAAACAAAGAGCAAAGACAUGUUUGUUUAGUAUAACUGGGAUUCUUGGGAGACUUCAUAAAGUUUGUAUGUAUGAAUGUUUGCUAGAAAGACAUUCCUGUCCGGCCUUUGCAAUUACCAUCACAAUGUCAAUUGUAAAUGUCAUUGUAAGCACAUCAGUUAAACGGAUAAACCAAACCAUUCUUGGUUAAUUAAGCCUAUACAGACAUGUAAAUUUGACAUGUAUUUUAAUAUGCUAUUUUAUUUUACAAUUUAUGCUUUUAAAAUUUCUGAUUUUAUUUUGGAAAACAUUGACUUAGCUUGAUUUUUAACACCUGGGUUUUAUAGAUAAUUCAACUUGCAUGCUAUAUUUUAUAUAACUGCUGAUGAUAAACCCCGUUAUAUAAAAUAUUUUAAAAAUCAGUUCUUUUGAAAAUCAUCAACAUUUCCAAAGGAAGGAUAUUUCCACUUAAAUCAGAGAUUGCCAGGUCAUAUUAUUGGUAUUUAAAAUAUUUUAAAAAUUAAAUAGCAGUAUGCCUUUGAAAUUCCAACCAUAUUUGUCACUGAGAAAAGAAAGAGGAACACAUACCCUUAACUACUGCAAUUGUCUCUUAUCUUCCCACCCAAGGAACCUUUUUGACCUGGCAACCCAGAUCUUUUAUCUCCUUCCCCCCUGCAGGCAAACUUUGACCCAUAGGUAGUUUUGCCCACCUGUUAAGAGUUGGCAGGUACAGGGAGAUAAUGAACAGAUUUCAACUCCCCACACAACAGCUGUUGCACGGGGAGUUCAAUCCUGCUUUCUGCAGGCUUCUGGUAUGCAGAGGCAUUCCCUGCAGGAGACUCUCUCACAGACUCACAUACAGCAGGAGGUGUUCAAUGUGAUCAUUGUCCAUGCUGGCUUCCCACAGUGAACUAGGGCACACAGCCAUAUGCCACCUCCACUGUUACCCACCACGUGACAUUACCUGCCCAUCACUGUGAUGUCACCUAAUUGACAGGUGGGCACAGUUUAGAAUAAAUGAUUUAUUGGACUCAAAUUGGAACCCCAGGUGGAUCUGAAGUCCCCCUCCUUUUAUUAAAAAUAUAUAUAUUUAACAAUUGAUAUUGUUUUGAUAUACCACUUGAUUGUAAUGAAACCUCUAAGUGGUUUGCAAAAAUACGUGAUGCUGUGCUGUGUCUGAGCUGUAUCUCCCUCCUUCUCCAAGGGGGAGACACUGUUCCUCACAAGCAAGUUGAUCAAAGAUCAAUGCCUGUUGAUCAAAGCCUGUUGACCAAGACUGGGCACUCUGCUCCAGCCACUACAACUGAUGCUGGCCAAACCCUCAUUCAUUCAUUCCAUAAAAUUUAUACAGGCACUACAGUCUCUACUUUCUUCCCCAUGGGGAGAGGAAGUUGAGGCAUGAGCAUGGACUGAGCCCUCAGGUGGUUCCACUUCUUCUCCCUCACAAACUCCCACUGUGCAUUGAAGUUCAUUGUCAGUAUUAUUCCCCUGUUAGGUCCUUUCCUCCCUCUCAGUAUCACCUGUAAUUCCUGUUAGAGAUGAUAAUUUGUCAUUUCUCUGUAAUGUUAAUGAGUAGCCCAGCUGCACAAUUGGGCACAAUACUUUGAACAAUGAUUCAUGCUGAGAUAGUAAUGGUUUAGUCUGAUAUCAUUCCCAAGUAUGCUCCCUAAUGCAGCUGUCUGUAAAUAGUCACUGAAGUGUGGGCAGUUACCAAAGAAACAGAUCCAACGGCAGUAACAGACUGUGGAAGCAUGACUCUCCUCUAGUUAUAAGCAGUUCUUAACAUCGUCAGUGCCUGAAGCACCUCUUCUUCUGAAUUUAUUUUGGAACUUGGCCAUUUGAACUUUGAAAUGAGCUUGAUAAUAGUUCUAAGUGAGCAAACGCAGGAAGCAAGAAUGCAGCCAUGUUUCAUAUCUCAAUCUGAAACAUUUGCACCAAUACCUCUCCCUGUAUGCAAUGCAGCUUAAAAGGCAGGGUAGAAACACUAAAUAAAUGUACAGUAUAAGCACUUUGCCUCAUGUGGCUUUCUGACAGUGCACCUGGAGUGUUUUCUGCUGGUAUUUUUUUUGGGGGGGGCAGCAGCAUAUCUUGCAUUCUUGCUAAGGUAGCAGAGCUUCCUUUGAAUUCUAUGGCCUCUUACUUCAGAUAUCUUCAGCACAGGAUUACACCCUGAGUAUGUGCUAUUAUUCAUACUUUCAAGCUGGUAUAGUGAACUGGAUCACAACUUAAUUUUUAUUUUUUGCAUUAUUUCAUGCCCCUUUGCGGGGAGGUGUAAUUUUUAUUCUCUGUCAUUUCUCCCAAUCCACAGGAGAGACUUAGGAAUGGGCAUUUAGGUUGUGAGUACAAAAUACAUAUUGGCAUGCAGCUGUAUUCUGACAACACACAACUACAUACUAAUACUUUAUGAGACAUCAUGUGGCAGACACAUGAUGUGUGGGACACAGGCCCACACAGUCUAACUGAGGCCUUAGUUUGGGUUAUAAAUUGAGCAGUACUGAUUAGUGCAACAACAAAAAACACCUAAGGGAAUUGAAUUUUAAAAUAUGCAGUGAAUAUUGUUGAAUUUACAACUAAGCAUCAUGAUUAGGUAUAAAUGGUUCAACAGCAGUUCAGUGCAUAUUAUCAUAUAUAUUUUUCUGCAAAAAGGUUUUCCUCUCUGUCUCUUUCCUUUGCAAUUAGAAGUUGCUCUGGGCAUCAUCCCAUGCAGGAGACACACCCAUGAUUAAUUUUGAUUACCACCAGUUUGCAAAAGGUGGGAAAAUGGAGAAGCUUGAGAAUUUGCUGGGGCCUCAGCUGAAGUUGCAUUGGGAAGAAUUAGGCAUCUUCACCAAGGGCGAGCAUGCAGGUUUCCGGUGAGUGUCUUAACCCUUUGAUACCAAUUGCUUGUGCUUUCCUUUUCGAGCUUCCAGAUGUGCAUUGACUCUGCAUAUGAAGGUUGCAUCCUCAUUGGAUCGGGGCAAAGGAAGCUAACAGUAAACAACCCAACUCUCUACAUAUUUAUGUGUCUGCUUCUUCCCUUCUUCCCUUUUCAGUAGGUUUUUAGAAAGUAGUUGUUUUUUGGGAUUUGUGGGAACGCUAAAUCAUUUCAUUCUUUGACUUGAUUUUUGAAGUCAACAGAUAGGUACCUUGCGAACCAACUGCCUGGAUUGUCUGGCUCGAACUAACACCGUUCAGUCCUUCAUAGCACUUGAGGUGAGUGAUCCACCAGACAUUUUACAGGAAUGCUUUCCCCCUCUUUUUCAUGCCUGCAUUAAGUCAAUCUUGUGAAAAGGUGAAAGAUUGUGUCUUUCUCAUACAUACCUGGUUGGCCAAAGUGAGGACAGGAUGCUUGACUCUGGUCAGAUCCAGCAGGGCUCUUUCUUAUGCUUUGGGAUUAAUAUCCUGAGCAAAAUCCUUAAUGUAACAACCAGCAGCAAGUUUUUGGGUAUGAUGAGGGCAGUGAUCUUAUCUGUUUCUCUCAGGCUUAUUCCUCUUUUUUCUCAUCCAGGUUCUGUUCACUCAGCUAGAGAGCCUGGGAUUAAACUCCAAGCCUAUAGUUGAACGUUUCCUGGAGUCUUAUAAAGCAAUGUGGGCCCUCAAUGGACACAACCUAAGUAGGAUUUUUACAGGCAGCCGUGCCUUGGAUGGAAAAGCUAAGGUAGAGGAGAGAAGUGAUAAUCGUCAUAUUCUUGGAAGCUGUCGCUGUGAGUUAAAUGAAUGCUAUUAAUCCUUUUGUUACACAGGUUGGGAAGUUCAAGGACGGGGCGCGCUCAGUGUCACGGACAAUCCAGUCAAACUUUUUUGAUGGUGUGAAACAGGAAGCCAUUGACUUGCUGCUUAUGGGUGAUUUCUACAGUGAAGAGCAAGCGGAAAAAGAGAGGAUGCUCAUGGACCACACGGCAUUGCUGAGUAAGUAAGAAUUAGCUCUGACUAUUUUUGGGAUUGGUGUGUAAAGGAAUUAGCAGCUGCAGCUCAGACAAAAGUCAAUGAAAAUAGUACCUGUAAAAGAUAGGUAGACAGGCAGACAGUUCCAACUCUGCCCCAUGACAGAAAGACAGAUAAGACAGAUCCAACUCUACCCAACCCCACUAAAAUAAAAAUUCAAAGGCCUAGAUGAACAAGAAUGUUUCGCCUGGUGCCUAAAAACAGCUAGGGAUGGUGCCAGGGGAGGGCAUUCCACCAAUUAGGGGCCGCCACUUAAAAGACCCAUACUCAUGCCUUCAACCGCUUUUUUAAUUUAAAUUAUUUAUAGUUAUCAUUUAUAUACAUUUCAGUAGUUUAACAAUAAUUCUAACAUUUCAAACCUCAACUUCCUUCCUCCUCUUUCUGCAGUUUCCUUAAAUUUAUUUUAUCAUUUCCUGCAUAUUCUAAAUUAACUUAACUUAUUCUUUAAUUCAUCAUUUUGAUUAUAUAUUCUUUUGAAACUGCAGAUUAUUACAAUAAUCCUGUUAAUGUCUUUAUCUGUUUAUAAUUUGUAGAUAUUCAAUAAACCAUUUCCAUUCUUCUAUUAAAAAAAGUUUGUUAUCUUGGUUUCUUAUUCUUCCAGUAAGUUUUGCCAUUUCUGCAUAAUCCGUAAGUUUUGUAUCCAUUCAUCUCUCGUCAGGACUUCUUCUUUCCAUUUUUGGGCAAGUAACAUUCUUGCAGCUGUAGUUGCGUACAUAAAUAAAUUUCUAUACUGUUUGGGUAGUUCUACACCUAUAAUUCCCAAAAGAAAAGCUUCUGAUUUUUAAAAUAAAUGCUAUUUUAAACAUCAUUUUCAGUUCAUUAUAUAUCAUUUCCCAGUAAGCUUUAACCUCACUACAGGACCACCACAUAUGAUAAAAACAUCUGCACCCUUUUCACCUCCCUCAUAGGGGCCUUUGUUGAGGAAUGCAAGGCUUGGGUUGAUUCUUGUGGGGAGAGAUGGUUCUUGAGGUAUUGGGGUCCUGAGCUGCAUAAGGCUUUAUAGGUCAAAACCAGCACUUUGAAUUGGGCAUAGAAACUAAUUGGUAGCUGGUACAGCCAUGCCAUAAUUUGUGCUAUGUGCUCAGACCAUCUUGCCCUGGUGAUCAUCAGCAUGAGACCUAUAAUAGUAAAACAACAUCAGAGAGAGAGAGAAACUACACACCUGGGGAAGUAGCUAUAUUCAAGGCUAAUCCAAGCAUCUAAAUUGCACCAAUAAUUAAAACCAUAUAUGCAGGAUAGAAUGAACCCACCCUCUUUUUCUUUCACCUUUUGGCGUUCAGGGUUUUUGUCCCCAGUGCAUAUAUUUGGGCUUUCUGUAACACUGAUUCAGACACUUGGGCAUUUGAAUCUGAGUAACCAUUUCAUACUCCUAUUAAUAAUGGCUUUUUAAACUUUUAAAAAUAAUAUAACUAUGUGCAUGAAAACAAAAAUAGAUAUAGGUUGGUUUGGAGUCUCGGGUUGCAAUUCUGUGUGUAUUUCUUGGGAAUAAAUGCUGCUGAACACAAUAGAAGUUUACCUCUGCGUGAACAUGCAUAGGAUUGCGCUGUCAGUCUGCAAAAUGCCGAACAGCAGAUGAGCACUAAUGCCUGCUUAACGUUUCCUCAUAAGCUGCCCAGUUGCUCCCAAACUGUUCAUGUUCCUGCUUAUGAACUGUGAGGAAGAGCAUCACUUGUGGCUUGUGGCAUAGCCUGAAAUGUUUAUCCCUAGUGAUUUAAGGCAUGCCAACAAAAGCAAUUAUCAGGAGAGAUGUUGGUAUUCUGAUGAUUCAUAUGGUCCAUUUUAUUUCAUGGCAGAAAUCCCACUCCCCUUUCCCCCCCUUCUUUCCAUCAGUGACCCCUAGCAUUUUGAAAGCCAUGUCAGAGCAUCAGUUUGAAUUCACAAACUUCAAGAGAAUUCGUGUUGCUAUGGGGACUUGGAAUGUAAAUGGAGGCAAACAGUUUAAGAGCAAUAUCCUUGGUACCAGCGAGUUAACAGAUUGGUUACUGGAUUCCCCGAAGCUUUCUGGUGUUUCAGAAUUUCAAGGUAACAAAGAGCACUAGUCAUGCAGUGACAAGCGUAUUUGUGCUUAUAUACACACACAUUGUAUUCCUGCAUACAUGCAUGCAUAUGUAUCUAUGUUUGUAUUUGUUCUAACUCAGUUUGUGGGGCAUUAAAAUUGUUAGGGUACUUGCAUACCACCUAGAAACCUAGUUUUGUUCAUAAAUAGUCCAAGAUAAUGUAAAUAAGAGAAGUCUGAAAAUGCAGCAUUUGUAUAUUUUCCACUCAAAGGGAGGGACUUUUACCCCCAGUGGUCUAAGAUACUUCCAUCCCAUCUGAAAAGCUGGAAUUUAGUUCACAUUUAAGGCAUCCCUGGUGGGAUUCACCUAAUCAGCCCUGUCAGUGGAAACCCUGUACAAGCUACUUCCAUUUGCACAAUGGGUUUUCCCCUUUUCCCAAAAUUGAUUUUGGGCGUCAGGAGAACCCCUAGAAGUGUGGAGGGGGAGGAAUCUUUCCACCUGGCAAGCUACAAUGUUUGUGUAGAUGGAUUGUUUGGAAGAGCACAACACAGAAUUUCACCGCCUGAUUGGUAGAAAAGUCUGAAAGGGGCAUUCUGUGAUGAACAUGCAUGUGUGAACAAUAUUUGAAAAUCCAAGUCAAUAUUAGGAUUAUCAUAUACAGUAUAAUAAUAGAGGGAAGCAUUCCACCACAGAAAAAGCCAAAGCUCCACAUGGGAAAUAAUACUGGGCUUUGUGAGUUCUGUUGCCUUUCUCUAUGGCAAUGUUCUGCAACCUUGGGCGACAGGCUAUUGGACUAGUAACUCCCAUCAUCCCUAAUCAGUGACUAAGCUAGCUGGGGUUUAUGGAAGAUGCAGUCCAGUGACACAUGGGAACUCAUUGAUGAAGAACCCUGUUCUGUUCUAGAAUCAUACUUGCUUGCAUUGUGGGUGAGUGGGCAUUUUUACUAAAAGCUGGGUAUGUACAUCUGUGCCUACAGAAAGCAAGCAUAAUGCACUAGUGUCUCUCACAUACUCUCUCAACUUGACCAGCUGACCAUUGAAAUCACUUAACCAUGGUCAGCAACCAUGGUUUAUUUUGUUUUUACAUUAGGAAAAGAAACAUACUCACAAAGCAUCAACUCACUUUUGCAUGUGUUCUUCCCCGCCCCCCUCCUGUUACCAUAGAUGACCAUUGUCCGGCCGACAUAUUUGCCGUGGGAUUUGAAGAGAUGGUAGAAUUAAAUGCUGGGAAUAUUGUGAAUGCUAGGUAUGCUUAAACUGAGCUAUUUAACUAUAUUAUACUCCAUAUCAUAUAUUGACAUCGUUGCUUAUACUCUGUGUAGUGGUGCGUGCAUAAUUUACAAAAUGCUAAUAGCUGGUUCACAUAUGCAUGCUCAGCACCUGUUGACUCUGGCAUCCAGUGAUGAUUGUCAUGCAUGCAUGAGCCUUCAAAGAUGAAUCACCACAAAUAAAUCUUUCAUAUCACCUGAUAUCAAUUCAAGCACAAUAAAUUUAAAUGGAAACUGCAUUCAUUCAUUCAUUCAAUGGAAUAUCAUCAAGUGUUGAAUAAUCAAGUGAUGUUCAUUCAUACGUGAACCACACUCAGAUGGGCUUUAUUCAUUGCAAUAAAUAACUAUGAUUUUGCAGCCUUUCAAACAUGGCAGAAAGAGAAUGAAAUGAAAAAUGCUGAUUUCUCUGAAUCUCUGUUAGAAACUGGUCUAUUAUUGUCUUAUCUGCCUGAAGUGGUGGAGACACAGAGGGGCUCUGGCGCAGAGUAAAACCAGUGUAUCCUGUAUGAACAUGAUAGAUAGAUAAAGUGCUGAUGCAGCCCUGAGUUAUGAAUAAGGUGCCAUUUAUAAGCUCUGGAAUUAACCCUGUGUUUUAUCCAGUGAAGACUAUUUCAUGCCCUAUCCAAUUUUCCUGCUGCUGCAAUUAAUGCUUGCGUUUACCUGUUGCAGCACAACUAAUAAGAAGAUGUGGGGAGAACAGCUUCAGAAAGCCCUUUCAAGGACACAUCGAUACAUUCUGUUGACAUCAGCACAGCUUGUUGGUGUUUGCCUCUUCAUCUUUGUACGACCUUUCCAUGUCCCCUUCAUCAGGUAUAUCCCCUGCAGUGGUGAACUGGGAGCAAGCAGAAGUCUUCUUUCACUGCAAAUUCUAAUUUGGUGAAAGUGAAGGGAAAUAAUUAUUAAGUGGGAAUUUACUCACUCUUGCUCAUGCUGCUUUUGCAUUACACACAUUGUUUUUGUUUAAAAAAAGAAACUUUCAUAAUCAGUGAUUGAGCCUGAAAUCCUAAACAUAAGUAAGACCCACUGAAUUAAGGAUUCUGCUGUUGGGAUCCUGUCACCAACUGCAAUUCUUGCAGCAAACUCCAUUCUUUUUCAAAGAAUAUGGGCAGGAAUUGUGAUUGAUGAACUGCUCCCUUUGAAUUGGAUUCUGCUUGAAUAAUUCACAGAGUAUGACCAGUGAGUCUUGGAAUCUUUAUUGAUAUGUCUUCAAAUUGGACAUGCCCUCCAUUAAGGAAACUAUAUUUUAGGGCAAGCUUAAUGGCAUGCAUCUUGAAUAUGGCUGGCUAGAUAGAUGGCAGAAUGAACAAAGGAGUGUGAGCAAAAUUAAAAAAUAUAUAAUGUUUCUGUUUAAUUCUAUAUAUUUCUUUCAAGGCAGUUGUUCCAUCUAAGCCUUAAUAAACUUUUUUUUUUUUUUAACCCAGGUUCAGAAGUGCUGUUAUGCCAAAUGUGAUUUAGAGUUUUGAAUGGGUGAAAAAUGGGUCAAAAUUUAUUGGGGUGAGGGGAGUUGUCUGUAUUUUAUUCUGGGAAAUCUCCCAGUGGCCACAUACGACUGGUGAGUGUGCGGCCAGACGUGAAAGUGGGCAGAGCAAUGAAUGUAAAGUUUACCUUUGUAUGCUAGGCUAGUUGCUAUGCACACAGAUAUACACACACACAAACACCCUGCUCCGUCCUUCAUACAAACAAGCAAGGGGCAUUAUCAAAGUUCGAAACACAGUUCAGCCAGACAAAAACACUCAAGGAGGGUCAGAAGCAGGGGCGUUGAGGGUGUGGCCACAGGACAGUCACAAGUGUUAGAUGGAGAGACCUGGAGCGUAAUUCUGUGACAUCACAUCAAGAUAAUAAAUACAUGAGCUGGAUAAAGUCAGUGUAGUGGCAGUUUCUCUUUUGUAAGGCCCAUGUAGAUGCAUCGGACCUUCCAUGUUUAUUCCUUUUGUCAGGGCUUGCACAGGAUCCUUCUUUGCUAGUCAUGGAGCCAUAGAAUUGUAGAGUUGGAAGGGACCCCAAGGGUCAUCCAGUCCAACCCCCUGCAAUGCAGGAAUCUCAACUAAAGCGUCCAAGACAGACGGCCAUCCAACCUAGUGACAGUCUACUGUGCCUAUUGUUCUAUGUAUUUCCUUGCCACUUCCUUAGCAAAUGCUUCCUUUUGUCUUUGGCUGUUCUCUCCUGCCCAGGGAUGUAGCAGUGGACACAGUGAAGACUGGAAUGGGAGGGAAAGCUGGCAAUAAAGGAGCAGUUGCCAUCCGUUUUCAGUUUCAUAGCACCAGCUUAUGCUUUCUAUGCAGCCACUUGACAGCUGGUCAGUCUCAGGUGAAAGAGCGGAAUGAGGACUAUAAAGAGAUCACACAGAAGCUGAGCUUUCCAAUGGUGAGGUUCUUGAAAUGUUUUAUUUAGAGUUGUGCUGAAUUCUCACCCAUGAAAACUAUCAGAGCAAAAGGAAUAUAUUCAGGGGCGGGUGGGUGUAAAGUUCCACCCGUUCUCCCUUCUCCCCAAUCUUAAUUCAGGGAAUGUAGCACAGACAUUUAUCUCCAUGUGUGUGUGAGGAUUUCUGUAGCUGCUGAUUCUGAAGCCUUAAAAAGAUAGCCUGAAUUUGGGCAAACCAUGCUUAGAAGUAACUUGUACAUCUGUAUUCAAAAUAUAUCCAUAUUAACAGUGCCCUCUAGUGAUACUAUAGCUGCAGACACGAUUUGGUGUGGAAUGCAUAUAUUUUUGUUCGGUAUGUUUUGAGUUUUUGUUAUGCUUGGUUUUAUAACACACAUUGAAAUUUAGCUGAAAUAAUGGACUCUAAACAAAAGCUUGAUGGUUGAGAAUUGUAGUAAAUCUUUAUUACAGUUGGUUUCAAUUUAUAUUUAUAGUAGUGAGACUAUAGUUUUAAGGGGCAAAUUCACCUUCAUUUAAUAUGAAGAUUGAGCUUUGGUGGACAGGAAGUGGCUCACUUGGAGAGGUGGAACCAACAACACUAGUUUCCUGGCAACAGUAUUGCUGCCACUUACCAGGAGUGGGAGGGAUGAAAUGGCAGGGAGGUUGGCAUGGUGGGGCAGGUUCACUGGCAGGAGCACUGGAUUGGCUCCACCGAUGCACUUGUACUGAACCAAUGCCUCCACCGCUCCAUUUCCCUCUAGGUAAAUGUCAGGGACACCCCUGCCAGGAAGCUAGCAUUGCACCUCAUAUCUAUGUGGGCCAUUUCUGUUGGUAGAAGCACAUUCUUCAAGUUAAAAGCAUGCGCCAUCAAAACAGAUGUGCAUAUGCGCUUGAGCUAUCUUAGUUAACUGUGAUUGUGCCUGAUUAUAGGGUCAGUAUUGGUUCAGUAUAAGAUAGUGGCCUGUACUGAAACUAAAGAUCAAAGUUGUAUCAAGAAACAUAGUGCCCAGUAUUUAUUAAUGGGCCAUGCUCUGAAGAACAUUCUAAAACAGCACUCAGAAAUAAGGAAGAUUAAAAUCCUGUUGUUUAAUCUGUGCUUGAAAAUACAAUUUUCUCUCACACACAAACAGGGAAGAAGCAUGUUUUCCCAUGACUAUGUGUUCUGGUGUGGUGAUUUUAACUACCGCAUUGACUUGACCUAUGAAGAAGUAUUUUAUUUUCUCAAACGACAAGAUUGGAAGACACUCCUGGAGUUUGAUCAACUGCAGCAGCAGAAAUCCAGUGGAAAAGUAAGGGGACUGGUGCUGUUUGAAAGAGCAUUUACUAUAAAAGAGAUAUUCACCCGAAAGCUCUUUAGUUAUUUGAAGCAGAUGCCCAAAGCCUGAUCUGAAUGCACAUGUUGCAGCAACCUAGCUGAAUCUAAGCAGCUUUGGGUCUGGAUGAGAGACUACUUAGGGACACUAUUGAGGCCACCUUCUGUUUUGCAGUGGAAGGCAGGGUGAUUAUUCAUUUAAUAAACAAUGAUAUUCUUAAAACUUGUGCUGCCAGAGGUCCAUGGUGUACAUCUGGUUGCUUUUGUUUGAAUUUUUUUAAAAAUCCUACCUUCCUUCUGAAAUAAAUAUCAAGGUAGGUUAGCUACAGGGUUUUUUUGGGGGAGGGACUAUAGUAAAAUAAUAAUGAAGUUAGAAAAGUUGGAUUUUUUUAAAAAAAACAACAACCAAAAUUUAAACUCUUAGUGGCCAAACAGGAUUAUAAUUAUUUUUUAAUGGGAUCAUUUUUCUAGUUGCCAUUUUGUCUUAUUCAAGUACAUAACAUGAGCAAAAAUAUUUUGCUAAAAAUGCAAGUACAGUGGUACCUCUGGAUGCGAAUGGGAUCCAUUCCAGAGACCCGUUCGCAUCCUGAAGCGAACGUAAGAUGCGUCUGCACGUGCGCCGGUCGCGUUUCGCCGCUUCCGCGCAUGCGCGUGACAUCAUUUUGUGCAUCUGCGCGUGCGCGAGUGGCAAAACCUGGAAGUAACACGCUCCGUUACUUUUGGGUCGCCGCGGAGCGCAACCCAAAAAUAUUUAAGCUGAAGCGUAUUCAUCCCGAGGUAUGACUGUAAUCAGGCUGCUAUCUAUGCUUAGAGCUACAUGGCGGAGAUCUGUUUUAUACCAAGAGAAAAAAUACUGUAUGAAUGGCACCAUAAUAAGCCACGCUUUAGAUGACCUCUGAUUUGUUUUAUAGAUCUUUAAGGAUUUUCAUGAAGGAACUAUUAAUUUUGGUCCAACAUAUAAGUACGAUGUUGGCUCAGAGGCUUAUGAUACAAGUGACAAAUGCAGAACCCCAGCCUGGACUGACAGAGUACUUUGGUGGAAGAAGAAACUUCCUAUUCAUAAAACGGGUGGGUAGGAUCUUUUCAGUUUUUUAAAAGUCUGAUAUACUUCUUUUUGGAUCAUGAAAUAAAGAUACGUAUUGUAAUAGCUUAAUUAUAGACGGGUACCAAAGUUAGAUCCUCUUGUGUCAACUGACACCUCUAUGGGGCAGAGAACUCAAAAUUGCCGUACUUACCAUUUGAGUCACCCUGUAUGGACAUAGAUGAAUUACUAUUUACCAUCAGUGCAUUGUGUUUUGUCGCCCAUACCACUGCAGUACUCAUGUGUUAAAAUAAUAUAUAUAAUAAUACUUUGUGUCUUGACAGUUGGGUGCCACAUAAGUUAUAAGCCACCAUAAAAAGUGAUUGAAGUCCCAACAUUUUACUGAACGUUUGCUCUAAUGAUUUUAAACUCUGAAACUGAAUUCUGUUUUUUUUUACAAAGCUGGAGAGAUCAAUCUUUUUGAUACUGAUCUCAGUCCAGAAACCAAAAUCAGACCCAUUUGGUCUCCUGGUGCCUUGAUGUAUUAUGGAAGAGCUGAACUUCAAGCAAGCGAUCACAGGUACCGUAACAUCAACGGAAGCAUAACCCUUCUGAAAUGGCAGAGAUGCUGUUGUUUCUGUGAUUGUCAUGCUUUUCUGUACGGUUGCAUAGUAAAGGAUGGUUCUGUAGCUCAUAUGGAAAGCGGCAUGCAAAACAUGCAUAAGGUCUCAGGUUCAACCUCUAGCAUCUCUAAUUCAAAAGAUCACAGAUUUAAAAAAAGAUUAUGAGGAAAUUAUCCAGGACUGUGGAGAGCCAUUGCCAGGCAGAGCAGACGAUAGCUGGUGAGACUGACCUAAUUCACUAUAAAGGAGUAUGUUCUUGGUUCAUGCUCACAAAAUCCUUUGGCCAAUUAGGUGUGCAGCAUUGACAGUUUCUGAGGAAUCCCAGAUAGCCCUUUGUGGCACCCUAUGCUAUCAGUGUGAUCCUAGAGCCUUUUCUCAUAAAAAAAAAUUAGGUGGUCAUUAGAACACCAAAAAGCAAGUAACAUUGGUCAAGUGAAAUCAGUCACGUUGAAAUUGAAAUUGUCAUAUGAAUCCAUAAUUCUGGAUCAAUUAAUGCAAAAACAUCAAUGGAUGCAAAACUAAAGCAUUUCAAACAACAUGGGCAACCCCAUAUGCAAUUUUACCCCUCCACCUAUCCCUGUGUGACCCAGCCGAUGGUUGCAAUUGGUUCCCUGACUCCACACCUGCUGUGUGGUUGUAAUCUUGUGCCACCAUCUUGCUGCAUCAUGGAAAGUCAGUUGUGCUCACUGGGUGCCCAGAGGGGAAAGGAGAUAGUCUAUGAUGGCAAAUCUUAAGGAUAAAAACAUGUGAAGCUUACUUUAUUUUAUGAAAAAAUGUGGGGAAAGAAAGAGAAAGAAGCUAAUGGUUUUUUUUCAAGCUUUGAUUCUACACUUGAUUUGUUUCCUUCAUAAAAUAAUUAAAGCAUAAAUAACUUUUGCUGUGUUUUUUAUUUUCCCACUAGUUUUAGUAUCUGCAUUUCCCUAAAAUGUAACAAAAAUAUCAGAAGACAGAAAUCUUGUCUGCUAGACAGCACCUGUAGGCUGAGACUAUAUGUCAUUUGCAGACACACAUAAUCCUCCCUCUGGCUACCCUGCCAUUAGGAGGUUGCUGUCAGUAACGGUGGUAUCUGGAUGGGUACUUGACAACAACAGAGGAGGGAAUUUUGUCUUGUCUUUUUAGAGUUGGUCUGCCACUGUGAAGAACAAGGCCUUUAAUCCAUCAGUCUCCUAUGGCUAUAGGCUUUCCCCCAGUUGACCAACUCUUGGUAUAGAUUCUUAUAUGAUUGUGUGGACAGGUAUGUUAUUUUUUUAAAUAAAAGAAAGUGUUGCAUAAGUUGCCCCAUCAGAUAUAUUGAGAAACCAAGCAAUGAAACUGUGUGUUAAACAGGCCUGAUUUCCAAUUGCUUUGAUUGUGCCAACAAUUUUUAAUAACGUGUCAACAUUUCCCUUCGUCUUCUUACUUCUUUAUUUCCCCUGGAAUUAUUGGUUUCCCUCACCCAUCUCUUUCUUCUUAUUUCUCUGAUUAGGCCUGUUUUAGCUAUCGUGGAAGUAGAAGUCCAAGAAGUUGAUGUGGCGGCUCGGGAGAAAGUUUUCCAGGAAGUGUCAUCCUUCCAGGGUCCUCUGGAUGCCACCGUAGUGGUGACUCUGCAGACACCAUCACCUGAAGAGAGAGAUGAAUUUCCAGAGGACUUGCGUACCGAACUAAUGCAAAUCUUUGAGACUUAUGGCAUCGUUGUACUUGUAAGGUACAAAUAUUCUUCUCAUUAAAAAAAUCUACACCCCAGUGGCUUGGAUUCUAACUUCCUGCUCCUGUGACUGAAAUGAGUUUCUGUGAAGUGUGGAAGUUUGUCCAUGUCACAACAAACAAUAAUUAUUAGAGGAUAUUUCAGUGCCACAAUCCUUUUUCCAAGUAAUACAUUUUAUUGAGCAUUGUUUUUAGUUAAUAUCAACAAUCACAGCCAUAAUAACGGAAGGUCAAAGUGAAGUAGACCAAAAAGUUGAGCCACUGAGCUUAGGAAAUGGCAGGUCAGCUUUCCUGUAUGUUUAUCUGACGAAAUGGCUCCUGAGAGCUAGUGGUCUCCUCUAGAGAAUUGGUCAGACAAGCUUGACAGCUUACCCUGAAGUAGUACCUUAGGGCAAACUAAAGCGUCAGCUUAAAAAUGCACAAACUUCUCUUGCGUUCUGGGUAUAUUUCUGAAUUAUUUAUGCUGAAUGGACUUAGCCCUAAUUCAAACACAGGUGGGUCAGAACACUGUGUUCUUGGGUGCCUGAAACAAAAAGCUUUUAUACUCUGAUAUAAUGUGUUGUUGUUUCUCCUCACAUACAUUGAGCAUUGUGUAUGCAUGCGAAUAAUGCAGCCUCAUCUCCGUAUUGGAUUAUUAUUUAACAAAUUUGCAUACCUUUGGCACAUAGUCAAAAGGCACCACCAUCCUUGUGUAUAAAUUACUUGUUCCAGAAUUUAUCCCACAACCUAGUUAUUUAUCAUGAUCAUCAGCAUGGAAUAGAAUUCCUAUUGCCUUGUGCUGAAGCUUUGAAAAAACUCAUCCUUCUACCACCCUUCAGUCACCCUAAUUGUGAGUGUAUUAUCAUAGCAAUCACUGAAGUGUGCCAAAGGAGAAAUAAUACAUGUUUUCUAUGAUCAACGUUAUGUGGUCUUUAGUAUAUGGCAGUACAACUCCAUUCCAAAAAGCGCUGAGCCCCCUUUCAAUAAACUCUCCUAGAUACCCAGCAACACUUGUGGCAGAUUUAAGGAUACAGGAUCAAGAAAAUGAAAAGUUUCAAGUCAUGAAAGCUAUAUGCACAUAUAAUGUACACAUCUCAAAACAAAGGAGAUUCAGAUUCAGAGUCAAUGUACCAGUUGCUGGGGAGCAACAGCCAGAGCCAAUCUGGAUAUUACCUAAGAAAUAUUAAAAGAAGUCACCUAAGCCAUUCAUGCUUCCCCUCUUCCCCAUUUCAGCUUAAAUCUGCUCUAAUUUUAAGCACAGAGUGAGAACAUAAGUUGUGAUUGAAGCAACAUAUCAGACAUUAUCUCUUUACACCAGCUUUUCAGUUAGGCACAGAUACAGAAUCAUUCACUCUGAAUGAGCAAGAUGAUAAAUUUAGUACCAUCUGCCCUAAAAGCAUUGGAGGCAAUUAUAUUAUUCACAAGACUAAAUGCAGGAAGUAAUAGGCAUGUGCACAGUUGAUUGACCACCUCUUUCUUUCUUUCUAUUCUUGUCAGGAUCAAUGGAGGCCAGAUGCUUGUAACAUUUGCAGAAAGCAGGUCUGCUCUUCAAGUUCUUGAUGUAGAUGGUGCCAAGGUAAGGAAAAUAAAAAAUUCCCUGCACUAUUUUAGGUACCUAAAUGGCUAUUGGACAGAGAGCUGACAUUCACUAUUCUCUUUGAUUUCUUUGAAUGCCAGGCAUUUUUAAGUCCUCAUUGGACCGCAUCUUUAAUAUGAAACUGACAUUUCCCUGAACACCAGCUUGUAGUUUCAGGCUGAUUGGUUUUUUUAAAAAAAGUUAGCUACUAAUACAAGCUCCAGAGAGAAUCUCUGAAAACUAUAAACUGGUGGAUGUGACUACUCAGACAAGGAAGACUCCUGUCAUCCCUUAAAGACUAAAUACAUUUAUUACGACAUGCACUUGCCUACUUCACUAGAUGCUCAUGCCAUUGCCACAGUAAAUCCAUUAGUCUUUAAUUUUCCACAGGACUCAUUGUCUUUAUGUUUUGUAUGAGAGCAACAUUUUGUAGACUGAACUUCAAGGAUCCUCAGUUUUGAGGAUGUCAGUGAUGUGAAUAUGGGUGGAUCAAGUCAAUAAUAUGCACACUUGGACUUGGAAAAGCAGGUCAAAUUUCUCCAGGAAAUACUCACACAAAUUAAAUCCCCCUACCUAGCAUUAACAUAAACACUCUUAUGUGCUGUGUAAUUAGUCGGUAAUGCAGGGCAUAUAUAAAUGACCAACUUUCUUUACAGGGAGAGGCAUGCAGUACUACUUUACAGAUGAAUCAUCUUGGCCCUCUUGGUUUUACCAUAACUAUCAGUGGCUGGGAAAGGGGCAUUAACAGUGGAGUAGCAGUAUUUUCAGAGUUCAGAUUAGACUAGGCAAGUAAGCAGUUUGAUACGGCACUGAAGAAUUGCAUCAUUAUUCCAUAGCUUCUAGAGAGUAGGCAACGUACUGUUUAUGUAACCAGGGCUAGUUCCCCAUCAGCGUCACAGUGCAAAUGGCCCUUGAACACACUUCAGCCACCACCAAGACGAAACAAAACCUUAGAGAGUAUUACAAAAGUGAGGAAAAUGUCAUAGUACCUUCCCUCUACAUGUCAGCUAUCAAAAGUAGCCAGUCAAGAGCUCCACCUACUCUUUAGAAUAUUUAGCUGACAGCUUUUGUCUUAAAUCUGUUGAACUAGGCUUUCGGUUUACAUUCUUUUGAAGGUUGGGUCUCGUUUGUGCAUAGUGAUUUGAUUAACCAGUUUCCUUUUUUCUUUUUGUAAUGCAGAUUAAAGGCAAGACAGUGAAGAUCUGGCCUAAAACCCAGGACUGGCUGAAGGGCCUUCAGGAGGAAAUCACUAGGAAACGAGACAGCAUCGCCCCCAUGUCACCCACAGCAAACUCCUGUCUACUGGAGGAAAAUUUUGAUUUUACAAGUUUAGAUUAUGAAUCAGAAGGUUUGUGGCCUGGACUGUAGCUAGAUGUGUGAGCCCUCAGUUUCUCUCCAAGUCUCUCUGUGUGCUCUUGAUUGGUAUCUUUGGAAUCAGAAAAGUGAGCAGUGAUUCAGUCCUGCAACACUUAUUUGCUAACCUUCCUCUUCACUGUACUUCCUAUAGUGAGACUUGCUGCCAAAGACAGCUGCAGAAAAAGAAAUGGGCAUUUAGCAGAGGGAUUUCCCUAUUUCUUCUUCGUCUUAUUGCUUCUGCUGCUUCUCUUGUUGCAUUGGAAAGUGUUUUGGAAGAGCUUUGUUAAGCGAUGUGUUGGGGCUGCAUUCAGGAGAGGCAUUCAAAAGCCCUGAUUGAUGUGCAAAGGUUCCCCUCACAGCCCUCUGAUCCUUUCUAUGGGAAAAUGCCACUACACCUCACUUUUAAACAUUCCUGCUUCCUUUUUAUACAAAUUGCAACUAGAGUAAGAAGCAAGAACAGAUAGUCCAGUUUCCCACCAAUAUUUCCAUUGCUGUAUCUUCUGAUUUAGGUGAUAUCCUUGAUGAUGAUGAUGAUGAUUUGGAUGACAUGCUGCCACAUUUACCUCUAACGACAGAAGUGGCAUUAGCAGUGGACGAUUUGCUGGAUGGGCCUGAAUGUUUGAUGGUGGCAUCCACGGUACAUGCAAACAAAUCUCACCAUGCUGGAAGAAAGCUGCAUCUGUAUAAAGGUAACAUCUUUAUAGGAUAGUGGCUAACUAGACAACUGCUGUGUUCAAAGCACAGUGAUUGGGCUUUUGAGACUGGCUUCCAUGAACAAGAUACACUGUGGGUGUGGCUUGCUGACCAAGUUAAAAUUGUCAUUGUUCCCAGAGAAAAAAUGGUUCCUUGUCAAGUCUCAUUAUCUGAGUCAAACCCAAUCAAGUGUGUGUGUGUAUGUGUGUGCAUGUGUUUUGUUCGUUGACUUUUUACAAGCUUUGAACUGAAACUGGUUGAACAAAGUAUUUUUCAUCCAUGGCUAUAUUGUGCAGCACAGAGAAAAAAGCAAUGUUUUUUGUUAUUAGUAUAAAACAAACCAAUAAUAAAAUGAAGGAGCUAAAUUUAUAUAACACAGACACAUACUUCCAUGCAAAAUAUAAGUAUGCGUUUAUUUCUUUCAAUAUGUCCUUCAUAUAGAAAGGUAUAUUCAGUCGCCUUUUGUCACUUGAUCUCAAUCUAUAUUGAAUUCAUUGUUUGGUAUUAGGCUUCCCAUGACUGCAAGCUGGAGUCACCUGAUCGGUUUGCCUCUGCUUUUCAUCACAUGAUCCCAGCCUGCAUUGCACAUGGUGUGGGACCUGCAAGGGCAUUUGUUUAUGUAUGUUGUGUGCCUUUUAGAUAUGCACUGAAUAUACAUCUGGUCCUUUUUAGAAAGCUCUGUCUCAGUGACUUGAGAGCAAACCAUGUGACCCAAACUCCAUACCACUGAAGGCAAAUAAAUUCCAGAAACCUCUGCCAAGUGCUAAGAGAGCACGCCACCUCAUUUGCUAGCCAGAUUUCCCCUGCAACUCGUUCCCCCCAAAAUGAGAGGUAGAAACGGCUCAAGCAGUUGAUGAAGCUUGAUACAUUGCCGCUUGACAGAAGAGGGUGGUUGAAUGUUGGGUCACUGAACACUUGGGAAGUUUCUCCUGGUUCAUUUCUUAGCUUACCUUCUUUGAUGGGUAAACAUUUCUUUUUUGAUAUCAUGGCUUUUUCCCUUGCAUUGGUCUGUUUUCUAUUUUUUAAUGAUUUUGACACGUUCCCUAGAUGAUGCUGACCUGAUCGAACCGAAACAAGAGCUGGACGGAGGUGGGGAGUUUCUCCAUCGUUCCCCGAGCAGGUCUCUUUCUGUCCCAGGCAGGCCUCGGCAGCCUCAGCCACCACAGCGACCUCCUCCUCCAGGUGGGGGGCUCCAUUUUCUCCCUCUGUGCGGAAAACAGUGUUUGGAUUGCUGGCUCCUCAAAGCCACAGCAUAGCCAGAACACUGGAAGGAGUGUGCUGAAGCCGGUGAGAUUUAUGCCUGCAGGCAUUUCAUUAAAAAAUACUGCAAGGCAGAAGACAACAUACAAAAUUACAAUAAGACCCAAAACAUAAAUGAAAACUGGUUGGGAAAAAGAAAUGCGUGUUUCAAAGGCCUAUCUGGAUAACAGAGUUUUCAGAAAAUGUAGGCAGGGAUGAUUCCUGCCAACCCUCUCCUGUCAGGGAAUUCCAUAGGGUAGGACCAGCCACAUGAAAGGCUCAGUCCCUGGUAAAUACCAGCUGGACCUCAGGGCACUGGGGAACCACCAUCAGAUGAUUUCCAUGAUCAAGGAAGAGCAUAAGCAUUCAGAUGGUCCUUGAGGUACUUUGGGCCCAGGUUGUUUACAGGUUUGUGAAUUAGCAGAAGAACUUUCAACCUGGCCCAGUAGCAAACUUGACCCAGUUUACAUAAGAUGGAGUCAUUGGCUGUAUAAAUCCUUUGCAGUUUUAGUCUGACAAAAGCAGAGCAUUAACCACUGGAGCAAACAAGGGCUGUAUCCAGUGCUCUGCAUGAGCAGAAGGGGCUUCUGCAGUGGGACUUCCACCACUGUCUUCCUCCCCCUGCAUCCUGGAACAGGUUUUGAGGGUGUGCUCAGGGAAGAAAAGAUGGCGAAGUCUGCUCACACAAUGCUAAAUUCCACCUAAAAUGAUUUAUUAGCUUAGGGCAGAAUUCUGCCCCAAGGACCAGAAUUGUUUAAAUCAAUGGUUGAACUGUAGUGCUUUCACUGUUACUUUUUUUUAAAACACACCCACGUGCAAAAUGUCAGAAAUCAAUGCAUGUGUCUCUCCUCCAGCUGGAGUAUCUGUUAAAAAAUCCACAUCAGAUGGGUUUAUCUCUUCAGGAGGCCACUCUCUGUGUUCCAUCCUGCAGACUGCAAAGCUUCUUCCAGGGGCACCUCAGCAACCAGUGAGUAGUUCAGCACAAUUGUUUGAGUCAUUUGGUGGAGGGCAAGAGGUGAGACGAAAAAGAAAACAGUGUAUUUACAAUUACGCAUAUCCUGCCUUUCUGGAUAGAAAUCCAUCCAAGGCAGCAUAUACAACAUAUGUUGAAAUUGUUUGUGAUGUUUAAAAAAAUAUUAAAAAGUCAACAGACACAUCAGAUGUGUAAAGUACCCAGUGUAUUAUUUAUUUUUGUGCAUUGUGCUUGAAAUCUCCAGUGUCAUCUAUGAGAUGCUGAAGUUGCAUAGCAACCAUUAUCUGUGGGAUGAAGAUGUUAAAGGGGCAGCCAGAAAAAACACUCAUGCAUGGGCGCAUGCAUCUAUAAAGAGCCAUUUCAGGAGCAUCUCACACAGCAUGACCUUGCCACUAUAUGACAGCAAAGUACAUCCUUUGUUCAUCCUUUGCCAAUUUGCUAAAGUGAAGAAACAACAUGUUUGUAUAGGACCUUUCCUAGAAAUAUUACCAUUCUGGGGUUAAGGUGCCCCAGCAGUGAAGCCCCUAGAUCAGGGAUGGGGAACCUGUGGCCUAUCAGAUACUGUCAGACUAAAACUCCCAUCAUCCCUUGCCAUUGGCCAGGCUGGUUGAGGCUGAUGAGAUCUGGAACUCAACGUUUGGAGGGCACCAGGUUCCCCAUACCUGCCCAAGGCCUAAUCAGCACACCAAGUCGUGGCAGCUCCUUAAACAGGGUGUCUAUUGGAAGACCUAAGGGCACAGUGGAAUGGGAGAGUGGAAUGAAGCAUAUAUAAGUAUUCCUUCUUGUGAGAGGGAUUUAUUGACAUUAAUUCAUGGCUGGUAGACAAAAACUAACCACUCUGAAAAUGUUAAGGCUACUUCCCUGUUUAUACUCUGCUUUAGAAAGUGGCAUAUGCAUGAUUUUCUUCUGGGCUCACUCUGUCUGUUAUUUGUUUUCCUUUAAAUUUUUGUAAGCCAAAAUCACGGACUGGAAUUAGCAAGCCAUAUAAUGUCAAGCAGAUCAAAACCACCACCCCUCAGGAAGCAGAGGAAGCGAUUAGAUGCCUGAUGCAAGCAAAAGGAGGUAACAUGAACAAAUUUCAGUUAAGAACAUUGAUAAUAUCUGUUUCUAUGUUAUCUUUUCAGAGCUACAUAAGCAUGCCUAAGAAACAUCUCUUUUGGGCGCCAUCUUAAAAUGUUAAUCACUGCUGUUCUCAUUUCCUGUAGUGAAACCUGAGGAGCUGUCAGUUUGGAUUAAAAUACUGCUUGUAUUUUUGUUUCAACUUGAACAUACUGCUCCAUUUUCAAACUGAUCUGUUGAUGUGAAUAAGACUAUUUGGGCAAAUAAAACUUUUGAAUUUACCUGGCAUGUAGGAUAAGUAGAUUUCUACAAUUCUGUAUUUCAGUAACUCCGGAGGAAGCCUUGGCACCCAUUUCAGGAAGGAACCAAACUGUCACUAAAUCUGAAAGCUUCCCUGGUGUUGCAAAGUCUGCACAACUUCACAGCCCGCAACCACCCCCAGUGCUCAUACCUCAGCGUCCAGCACCAAAAGUUCCCUCUGCUAAGAAACCAGCACCCAUGCAGAGGAUGGGAGAGAAGCCAGGAUGUGUAAGUCUCCAUUAGAUGCUUCUAUAGGGUUCAGUCAAUAUUCAGAGGGCAAAUUUGGGGGUUGCACAUGCAGUUGGUAGAAGUUUGCAACUGAACUUGUCAUUGGGCCGAGUUAAUAGGUAUGUGGCCUUCAAAAGUCCCUUCAUCUCCAAAACUGUGCCCCCAGAGUACCAUCAAGGAGAAAGAAGACUGCUAUCUUUGGGUUACAUAGGGAGUGAGAUGAAUAGCCAGGACACACUCUUGCUCAAUCCCAGCUACAUUAUGACCUUGGAUUUCUCCAUUGGUUUUCUUUAUGGGAAGUUCUCACUUCUGUUCUGGGGACAUGAAAAACAGCUUUUCUGUGUGAACCAGGAAAUCACCUAGACAGACACUGAGAGGGUUCCUCUGCCCAUUUUGUAUUUAUAUAUCCAUUUCUCUUGGAAAAGGAGAAAUAGAGACAAAUAGAUGGCCCUGUCUACUUUCCACUCUCCUACUUACUCCUUUUGCUCUCUGGCCUUCUCUUUCAGCUGGCCUCUCUCUUGCCCACUGGUGGAGGAAAGGGGGUGCAGUUCGCCCUGGGUGUCAUCCCUGAGGGAGGGUGACAUUGCCACCCCACCCCCGCUGGGACGCUCACCCUGCCCCCAGGUGCUGGAGCAGCUAGCUCCGCCUCUGCUCUUGCCCCCUCUCCUUUGCACUUCCGCACCACCACAGCAGCAGGGGAGGGGCAAAAAAAGCAGUAUUUUAAACAGCUUGAAUGCCAUUUUUGGAUGAAGGGUGGGUUACACAUUGUUAAAAUAAAUUAAGUAAAUUAGAGUCAAUGUUGCUGGUCAGCUUCUAACUCCUUGUGUUCAGCUAUUCCACAGCCAACAGAGCUGUGUUCUGUCCCUCCACCGCAGCCCAUUUAUCUUUUCCAACUAGAUACUAAGCAUGCACAGUCCUCAAUGGUCUGUUUUUAAGGGGGUGAGGGAUUUCCCCUUCAGAUUUUUUUUUAAAAAAAGAUUUUUGUACAUCUGCAAACUUGAGAGUUCACCUGAGCAUGUAGGCACCUCCUCUUCCUUGAUGGCCAUACUUUGGCUUCAAAGCUUGUUAGCACUCUGAGACAGAGUUCAUAAUUAGCAGGAGGAAUGAGAGCCAUGGAAAGGACGUAAUUCUUUCUCUGGAAUGUUGAAGCUUUUAAGCACAUUUUUAAAUGGAUAUAUUAAGAUUUUAGAAUGCUGCAUGUACAGAAUUAGAGAAGGCCAUCUUACCUUUGUCAAGAAUACAUCAGCUUUGCUUUGGGGGUGGGUAUGUGCGAUUGUCUCUCUUUAUAAUCACUAUGGGGCUGGUUGAAUAGCAACUGAUUGACAUUAUGACAUCCUUUUCUUAGCCUCCUUCUCCAGAAGAGCAGUUUGAGCACUUCUCCUUUGCGCUGCCAGAGUCUUGCCUUGAGGCUAGAGCCAUUGCUACAAGUCCUACCAGAGCAGCCCCUGUUCCUAAGCCAAGAACAGUCCCCCCAGGCAAAAUCCUUGAGAGGAGGAGCAGCGAAAGGUACCCGGCUGCUUUGCGUCUUCUAGAGGAGAGCUCUUGUCUUCCUUCUCAGAAUUCUACCCAUGCUCCAAGAGUUCCACCGAGGAGAAAGAAAUCUGCCCCUCCCGAUUUUCAUCUGCAAGUACUCCAGAGCAGUGACAGCCUGUUUCUCAAGGGGUUAACAUUUAAUUCCAACAAUAACAACAAUCCGUCUCACACUCAGUCUGAUUCCAUCCCACUUUCUCCAAGUGAGCCCUUUCUACCUGCAGCAGCAGGAGCCAUGACCAGCCCAAUAGACGACUCUUCGAGGUUCAUGACUUCAGAGUUAAUUAGCGGCCUGCAGGUUCUUCCGCCCAUGUGCCUCCAGCAGCAACACCAGCAGCUUUCAGACGAUGACUUUCUUAGAGGGAGCACCAGUCUUUUAGACCUGGAGACUGACUUCAUUGCUUAUCAGUCAAUCCCUCAACCGCUGCCGAUCAACCCAACACACGCUCCAAAAGAUGUGAAACUCCCCAGUGCAAGUGAUUUCAGCCACUGGGUUACAUUUGGUGAAGAGGGCAACAGCGGCACCAUCUCUGAAAGUCCUAGUGUACUGGUUGCGUCCAAGCCGAACCAAAAUGCCUGUGUGGACCCCAACACCAGUUUAAAACUAUGAGCGUGGAUCGUCCCCCCCUUUUGCUUUUUCUACAACAAACAAACAAAUCAUAACAGGACAGGAUUUUUGCUGAAACAAUUUGCUUUAUUCUCAGAGCCUUUGGUACAGGAAGGACUGAGUUAAAUGAGUCGUUAUGGUACUUCACACUCCACGCUGCCUCCAAUGAAUUCUGAUUUAAUUUGUAUGGUAAGUGGCAACUUUCUCUUCCAUGUGCAUGCUAUAAUGCCUUUUGGUACAAUUGCUUCUCAUUUGCACUUUGCUUGCUUUCUGUGCUUCAUACCAAGGCUGUCUGUCCCAUAGUACUUGCUUGCUGUGAAAAGGAUAGCAUGGAGGUUUCUGCAUUAUGUCUAAAGAGGCAUUUUGUGUCUGUUUGGGCACACAGCGGUAGUUGCUUUGAAAAGCUGAACACACUUCCUAGGAGAGGACCUAGUGAACUGGGUAGGACAUAAUUCCGGAUAAACAUGCUGAAGAUCUCACAGUAUGUUUGCCUCUGCAUCUUCCCUUUCAUGCUUGUUAACAUCUGCAGAGUCUGGGAAGCUUAAACCAAAUGAGCUCAAGCCAGUAAGCGCUCUGUUGUUUUUUUCCACCAAGGCCUGAAAGGGAGGAAAUUACCUGCAGAUUGUGCCUAAUGACAACAGAAUACUGUGGAGAUGGUCAACCAAGGCUGCUGUAGCUGCAGUGCUGCUGGUAGUACCAAGGACUGCCAUGUAGGAGUCCCAAGCGAUAAAGCAGCUAAUAAAUAGAAAAUGGUAUCUCAGAGAAAACUAAAGCUAUGGUUAUAUGAAAGCACUAGAAUGUAUAACUCUGAGCAAUGUGGUUGCAGUCUCAUCUCUGGCUUGGGUAGAGGCUGGGAAGCCAAUCACACGUGCCUCUCAUAGUACAGGGGUGGGGACCUUGUGCUUGAGCGCCAGUAGUGAGAAUUGUAGUCCAACAACUGGAGGGUCACAGGCUCCCCAUUCCUGUCCUAGUGUAUCACCCUGUUGACAGGACCCAUGUCCUCUUUGGCUCACAGUGAUCAGGAAGGCCAUAUAUUGCCUAGGGCAGUCUCCCCCAGCCUGAAGCCCUCUAGAUGUUUUAGAUUACAACUUCCAUCAGCUCCAGCUGGCAGGAGCUGGUGUCCAAAACCUCUGGAGAGCACCAGGUUGAUGAAGGCUGGACAAGGGUAAGACGAGUCUAAAUGUGCAUAUGUAGAAAUAUAAAUGGUACGCAUGAGAGAGACUUCUGUACUCAAGGUUCCCCCAGCUCUCACCCUUUGGAGCUACAGUCCUGAGAGUGAAAGUUACCUUGGCAUAAUACAGCCUCAAGGAAACUAUUGUAGAGAACAGACAGAUAAUGUAGUGUGAGCAUAAAAGGCAGAGGAUAAUUUUAUCGAUAAUUGUUAAAUAAUAUGGGAACAUGUGCAACAGAGUUAUAGAAUCAGGUGGUUGUUUAAGACUGGUAAUUUAUUAGUGACAGGAUGGAAUCACUUUUGAUGGAGUGGCAUACUUCAUGAUUUUAAUUUGUUUUGAAAUAGUAAAGAUCAGAAGAGGGGGGAACUAUAAAGUAUUUGACUAUGUUUUUUGUAUCGAGGCUGUAAAUAAUAUCAUUAAAUUUCUUUUUUAUGAAACUGAA